UCGCUCGCACCUCACAAACGAUCGACGUCUUGGUUUCAGUCUCGGGGAUUAUGACUUGAAACAGUUUGAAAAUAGAUCUAUUUUAAAAGAAGUACAUAUAUAAUCGGUAAAUAUAUAUAUAUAUUCAUUUAAAUAUAUAUAUGUAUAUAUCGUCGUAUAGUUCGCAUAGAGUUUUUUACGAAUAAUAGUCGCAGCAUACAUAUAGAACGUCGAAAGGAUAACGCAAUAAACAAUAAGAAGCGAAAUAUAUAUAUUUAUAUAUAAAGUCAAUAAAAAAAGUGAAGAAGCAAAUCAAAAAAGAGAAAAAGUGAUCGAGAGGUGUUUUUUUUCCAUUUGAGUGCAGUUUUCACUGCAUACGAUUUGGUUGUCAUUUUUUCAAUGAUAUAUAGUGAUAUAUAACGAUAUUAAAAUGCAACGACAAAAUCCGAACCCGUACCAGCAGCAACAGCAGCAACAACAACAACAUCAGGAGCAAUACUCCACUCAGGAGUAUUCUCACUCCAGUCAGGAGCAGCAUCAGCAGCAGAGAAUUAGCCGCACUGAACAACAUGUUCAACGGAGUCAAAUCACCACUCAGCAACGAGUGCAACAUCAAGGCGGUAUCGGAGGCACCUAUGUACCGCCGUCGUUGACACACGUCUAUGCCCAGGGCGACAUUUCACCGCCGGUGUUUGAGCAGAUCUUUAAGAACGCACGCUUCGCACAGGGUGGCAACGCUCUGUUCGAAGGUCGCCUGCGUGGCAACCCCAAGCCAUUCGUGACAUGGACCCGAAAAGGUGCACCACUUCUCGAGUCGCAAAAGUUCCGAAUGAGCUACAACGAGGCCACCGGCGAUGUGUCCCUGCUGAUCAAUCAGAUCGGACCGGGAGAUGAGGGUGAAUACACGUGUACGGCACGCAAUCAAUACGGCGAAGCCAUCUGCAGUGUCUACAUUCAACCGGAGGGCGCUCCAAUGCCCGCAAUGCAACCGCAACCCAUUCAGAAUCUGGAGAAGAACAUCUACUCCAACGGUUAUUCGUAUACGUCCAUUGAGGAGGAGUUCCGUGUGGAUACCUUUGAGUAUAGACUGUUGCGUGAGGUCUCAUUCCGUGAGGCCAUUACACGUCGUUCUGGCUACGAGCUGGACUCUCAGCUCUCUCAAGAAUUGGAUCGCUCCCUGGGUCCUGCGCAUGCACCACAAUUAGCGCAGAAACCGAGAAGCUCCAAGCUGAUCGAGGGCUCCGAUGCGGUUUUCACCGCUCGCGUCGGUUCGAAUCCGAAGCCGCGUCUCACCUGGUUCCACAAUGGACAGCGAUUGGUCGCCUCGCAAAAGUAUGAGAUCUCCUAUUCGAGUGGCGUUGCCACCUUGCGUGUGAAGAACGCAAAUAUCAAGGAUGGCGGACAUUACACUCUGCUCGCGGAGAAUCUUCAGGGUUGUGUGGUUUCUUCAGCCGUCUUGGCUGUAGAGCCCGCUGCAGAGACUGCCUAUGAACCGAAGCCUGUGGAUCAAAUGGCCGAGCAACUGGAAGCUGGCAAAGCGUUGCCACCUAGUUUUGUCAAGGCGUUCAGUGAUCGCGAGGUGACCGAGGGACGCAUGUCCCGUUUCGAUUGCCGUGUCACCGGAAAUCCGUAUCCCGAGGUCUUCUGGUUCAUCAAUGGUCGCCAAUUGCACGACGAUGCCUCCCACAAGAUUCUGGUCAAUGAAUCUGGCAGCCAUUCUCUAAUGAUCACCAAUGUGAGUCGCAUGGAUGCCGGAGCUGUGCAAUGUCUGGCAAGGAAUAAGGCCGGUGAGGUUGCCAUCGAGGCGCAGCUGAAUGUGCUGGAGAAGGAACAAGUUGUUGCACCACAAUUUGUCCAACGUUUCAGCACAAUGACUGUCCGCGAGGGUGAACCCAUCAGUAUGAGUGCCAAUGCCAUUGGAACACCUGUUCCACGCAUCACCUGGCAAAAAGACGGUGUCCAAAUCUCAUCAACUGCUGAACGCUUUGUGGGUAUCGAUGGCGGUGCCACCUGCCUGGAGAUUCCCCAUGUUAGAGCUACCGAUGCUGGCUGGUAUCAGUGUACAGCACAAAAUAUUGCCGGUUCCACGGCGAACCGGGCAAGACUCUAUGUCGAAGUUCCCAGAGAGCAACCAAGUCACGAACAAAGGCGUCUUAAUCUCCCAAGACCAACGAAAGUUAUCGAGCCUGAGCCAAUUCCUGGUCCUGAAAUCAUCUAUUUGCGUCACGUGGAACGCGCCAAGCCCCAUCUGCGACCUGGCGAGGAGGAUCGCGUUUAUCCGCCACCACAGUUCAUCAUCCCGUUGCAGAAUGUGCAGCAAACCGAAGGCGGUCGAGUGCACAUGGAGGCGCGUAUUGAGCCUGUCGGCGAUCCUAGCAUGGUUGUCGAAUGGUUCCUCAACGGACGUCCACUGGCAGCCAGUGCCCGGGCCACAUUUGUCUUCAAGUUUGGCUUCAUUGCUCUCGAUCUGUUGAGCAUUAUGGGCCAUGACUCUGGAGAAUACAUGUGCCGUGUGAGCAAUGCCAGUGGUGUGGCCGAAUCCCGUGCCAUUUUGUCGGUGGUGCAGCGUCCAUCGAUUGAGCAGUCGUCGCAGAAUCCCAACAGCUUGCAGUACAUCAAUCAGCUGGAGGAUUAUUCGCGCUAUCAGCGCCAGGAGAGCUCAGAGGAGUUGAUGAAUCAAGCUCCACAAUUCAUACGUCCAUUGCGCGAUCUGGGUGAAUUCGAGGAGGGCAAGAAUGUGCACUUUGAGGCACAGGUGACGCCCGUUAAUGAUCCCAGCAUGCGUGUGGAAUGGUACAAGGAUGGACUCCCAAUCACGGCCAGCUCCCGCAUUACGGCCAUCUUCAACUUUGGCUAUGUCUCCCUAAACAUAUUGCACCUACGUGCCGAAGAUGCCGGAAGUUAUACAGUGCGUGCUGUGAAUCGCAUUGGCGAGGCCAUCAGUCAAUCCACCAUAAGGGUCAUUUCGCGUUCCCAGGUCACCGCUGACUUGGGCAUUCCCGAGCAGCAGCGUUAUAUCGAGAAGGUCGAGGAAUUGGAGGAUUAUCGCAAAUCCCAGCAGCGUCGUCAUGUCCAGGAGGCGCCCGAGGCGAUUGCCCCGCCCCAAUUCAAGACUCCGAUUCAGAAUCAAUUCGAUCUACGCGAACACGCGCAUGCGCAUUUCGAGGCACGUCUCGAACCCGUCGGAGAUUCCACAAUGCGCGUCGAGUGGCUGAAGGACGGACAACCCUUGGAAGCCAGCUCGAGAAUCACAACCUAUCACAACUUUGGCUACGUCGCCUUGACCAUCAAGCAGUUGACGGUCUACGAUGCUGGCACCUACACCUGCCGUGCCUACAAUGCCAUGGGUCAGGAUACAACCACCGCCCAAUUGACGGUCAUUUCGAAGAAGGAAAUCGUCUCGGACACUCAGCAUCCAGGUGGGCUGCAGAAGAUCCAACAUCUGGAGGAUGCAUCGCGCUACGGUCGCCGUGAGGAGGAGGAAACUUACAUAACGCAGGCACCACGUUUCCUGGGUCCCCUCAAGGGUACCACCAAAAUUCUGGAGGGACAACGCGCCCACUUUGAGGCGCGCGUUGAGCCGCAGAGCGAUCUGGGCAUGCACAUUGAAUGGUAUCACAAUGGACGCGCCAUAACCGCCGCCAAUCGCAUCCAGACCUACUACGACUUUGGCUAUGUAGCCCUGGACAUUUCUCAGGUGCGUGCCGAGGAUGCGGGCAUCUACACUGUGGUGGCCAGAAACAAGCUAGGUGAAGCUCAAUUGCAAGCAACGAUGGUAGUGGAAACUCGUUCCAGCAUCGACACAUCUAGCAUGCAUCGCGGCCUCUACGAGAAGACGCAGAAUUUGGAGAAUAAACCCUUUGUGGAGCCCCAAUACGACAUCGAGGAGAUCUCCAAGUCGAAGCCGGUCUUUGUGCAGCCUCUAACCGAUCCCAAGCCCAUUCACGAUGGCAAGAAUAUUCAUUUGGAGUGCCGUCUCGAACCCAUGGGAGAUCCCACCAUGCGCGUCGAGUGGUUCCACAAUGGACGUCCAGUUACUGUAGGUUCUCGUUUCCGCACCUACUACGACUUUGGCUUUGUCGCUUUGGACAUCAUUCAGGCCUCGGCUGCCGACUCCGGAGAGUACACUGUGAGGGCCACGAAUCAUUUGGGCUCUGCUCAUACCUCGGCCUGUGUGCGUGUCAUUGAUCGCACCGACGUGGUGACUGAGACUCAGAAUGAGCAAUCCUUGGAGCAAAUUCAAUUGCUGGAGGAUUCCCGUCGUCGUCAUCAUCAGGAGGAGGACAUCACCGUAAUGCAGGCACCGCAAUUUACACGUGCCUUGCACAACAUUGAAACCGUGGAGGGCACUAAUGUCCAUCUGGAAUGUCGUCUUCAGCCCGUGGGAGAUCCCAGCAUGAGAAUUGAGUGGCUCGUCAAUGGUGUACCAGUUAAGACUGGUCAUCGUUUCCGUCCCGCCUAUGAGUUUGAUUAUGUAGCCCUGGAUCUGCUGGGUUGCUAUGCCAUCGACUCGGGUGUCUACACUUGCCAGGCUCGCAAUCAACUGGGAGAAGCUGUCACCUCCUGCUCUGUGCGCAUCAUUGCCAAGAACGAUUUCAUUGAUUCGCAGACGCAGAACAAGUCGGGAUUGCAGAAGAUUCAAUAUCUGGAGGACUCUUCCCGCUAUCGUCGCAAUGAGUUCGUCGAUGAGGUGGUCAAUAUUCGUCCACGUUUCCUCACCCAUCCCAAGAGUCUGCCAAACACCCGAGAGGGCGCCCAUGCUCACUUUGAGUGCAAGAUCGAACCUGUCACCGAUCCCAAUUUAAAGGUGGAGUGGUUUAAGAAUGGACGUCCUAUUACCGUGGGACAUCGUUUCCGUCCCAUUCAUGACUUUGGUUAUGUCGCCUUGGACAUUGUGGGUCUGAUUGCUGAGGAUUCUGGUGUUUACACCUGUCGUGCUGUCAACUUGAUUGGCUCCGAUGAGACGCAGGUGGAGCUGCAGUGCCGUAGCAGCGAGCAAAUUGUCACUGUUACCCAGAACGAGGCGGGUCUCGAGCAGAUCCAUUAUCUGGAGGAUCGCAGCCGUUACAGCCGUCGCGAAGAGAUCGACGAGAGCACCAAGCAAGCUCCAGUCUUCACCACUUCUCUGAAGAAUGUCGAGAUCAAGGAGAAUCAGCGUGCUCACUUUGAAUGCCGCUUGAUACCCGUUUCGGAUCCCUCGAUGAGAGUGGAAUGGUAUCACAACAAUCUUCCCCUCAAGUCCGGCUCUCGCUUCACGGAGACCAACAACUUUGGCUUUGUUGCCUUGGACAUUAUGUCCACACUGCCCGAGGAUGCUGGCACCUACACCUGCCGUGCCUACAACGCUGUGGGUGAGGCCAUCACCUCAGCUGUGGCCGUGGUGCACACGAAGAAGUCCAUUUACCUAGAGUCCCAGCACGAGACUGCACUGCCACGUCUGCAGCACUUGGAGGAUGGAUCGAAGCGACAGCGCAUCAGUGUUCAGGAAGAGUUUGUCUCGCAGGCUCCAGUUUUUACCAUGCCUGUGAGGGAUGUACGCGUUGCCGAGAACCAGGCGGUACACUUUGAAGCCCGUCUGAUUCCCGUUGGAGAUCCGAAACUUAAGGUGGAAUGGCUGCGCAAUGGACAACCCAUUGAAGCCUCUAAUCGCACCACAACCAUGCACGACUUUGGCUAUGUCGCUCUUAAUAUGAAGUACGUGAACCCUGAGGAUUCUGGCACCUACACCUGCCGUGCUGUCAACGAACUGGGUCAGGCGGUGACCUCUGCCUCCCUGAUUGUGCAGUCCAAGACUGCAAUUCAGCUGGAGACGCAACAUGAGGCUGCCAUGCAUAAGAUCCAUCAGCUGGAGGAUCACAGCAAGUACCAGCGACGUGAGGAGGAAGAAUACUCCGUUACCACGGCCCCGGUGUUUGUCACCAAGCUGAUUGGACCCAGCAAUCUGCAUGAGGGUCAGAGCGCCCAUUACGAGUGCCGCAUUGAACCCUAUCCGGAUCCCAACCUUAAAGUUGAGUGGUUCCACAACGGUAAACCCCUAAGCACCGGUCAUCGCUUCCGCACCACCUACGACUUUGGCUUUGCCGCCUUGGACAUCCUCACCGUCUACGCGGAGGACAGCGGCGAGUACACUUGCCGUGUGACCAACAAGCUCGGCGAGGCUGUCAACUCGAUUGCCCUCAAUGUGACUUCCCGUUCGUCCAUCAUUCACGAGACCCAGCACGAGGAGGCUCUGCACAAGAUACAACAUUUGGAGGAUACGUCACGCUUCCAGCGCAAACCCGACGAGGAUCAGUUCCAUGCCGAACGUCCGCAGUUCGGACGUCCGUUGCGUAAUGCCAAGGUGAAUGAGGGCACUCCUGUGCAUCUGGAGGCUACCCUCAUUCCAGUCAAUGAUCCCACCAUGAAGGUCGAGUGGUACUGCAAUGGCAGACCCAUCCAGACAGGUCAUCGCUUCAAGACCACCUACGAUUUUGGCUUUGUUGCCCUGGACAUUCUGUAUGCCCAUGCCGAGGACACUGGCACCUACAUGUGCAAGGCCAAGAAUGCUGUGGGAGAAGCUGUCACGACUUGUGCUGUAAACGUCACAGCAAACAAGACACUGGAUAUGGAUACACUCGAUGCUCAGCGUCUGGAGAAGAUUCGCCAGCUGGAGAGCUAUGUCGCACCCAGCAAGGUCGAAGUGGAGGAGAAGGGACAGAAGCCCAUCUUCCUCACGCCGCUCAGCAAUCUGGAGCAUCUGAAGGAGGGCGAACACGGCCACUUGGAGUGUCGCGUUGAGCCCAUCAACGAUCCCAACCUGAAGGUCGAAUGGUUCUGCAAUGGCAAGCAAUUGCCCACUGGACAUCGCUAUCGCACCACCCACGAUUUUGGCUACGUUGCCCUGGAUAUUCUUUAUGUCUAUGGCGAGGAUACUGGCACCUACAUGUGCAAGGCUACCAAUCUCCUGGGCGAGGCAGUCAACACCUGCAAUGUGCGUGUGUUGAACCGUCGCAGCAUGAUCCUGGAUACCCAGCAUCCCGAUGCCUUGGAGAAGAUUCAGAAGCUCGAAUCGAAGGUGGUUACCACACGCACAGAGGUCGGGGAUCAUCCGAUUGGUCCACCCCACUUUACGGCCGAGCUACGUGGCUCCACGGAGAUCUACGAGGGACAGACGGCUCACUUUGAGGCCCAGGUUGCACCCGUGCACGAUCCCAACUUGCGCAUUGAGUUCUAUCAUAAUGGCAAGCCUCUGCCUUCGGCAGCUCGCUUCCACAUCACCUUCGACUUUGGCUACGUCUCCCUGGACAUUACUCACGCCGUGGCUGAAGAUGCCGGCGAGUAUUCCGUGCGUGCUGUCAACGCCUUGGGACAGGCCGUCUCGUCAACCAAUCUGCGUGUAAUUGCCCGUGGCACGAUCAUCUCGGACACGCAACAUCCCGAGGGUCUGGAGAAGAUUCGCAAGCUGGAGUCUGCGGCGCCACAUCAGCGCCAGGAGAUUGAAACUCCUGGCACACGCCAACGUCCAAUGUUCACGCAGCCGCUGCAGAACAUCGAUCGCAUCAAUGAGCAUCAAACGGCGCACUUUGAGGCCCGUCUAAUCCCGGUGGGAGAUCCCAAUCUGAAGGUUGAAUGGUAUCGCAAUGAGAAAAUAAUUGAGGAUAGUUCGAGAAUAACGAAACAACACGACUUUGGCUUUGUUUCCCUGGACAUUUCCCACAUUCGCAAGGAGGAUGAGGGCGUCUACAUGUGUCGGGCUGUCAACCCACUGGGCGAGGCUGUAACUACCGCCUCCAUGCGUGUAGUCUCCGAGGCAACCAUCUUAAUGGACACCCAGCAUCCCGACAGCAUCAGUCGCAUUCAUCAGCUGGAGAAACCACUGGCGCCACGUCCCACCGAACCAGAGCGUCUCUUUGAGAAACCAAUCUUUACUCAGCUGUUGACGGGUCCCUCGGAGUUGUGGGAGGGUGCUCACGCGCACUUUGAGGCACGUGUGGUGCCGGUGGGUGAUCCCUCACUGAAAUUCGAGUGGUUCGUCAAUGGCGUGGAGCUGCAAAUGGGCUCACGACUGCGCACUACCCACGACUUUGGCUUCGUCACCCUGGACAUUACGGCUGUGGUGCCCGAGGACGCCGGUGUCUACAUGUGCCGUGCCUACAAUGCAGCUGGCGAGGCUGUAUCCUCCACUGCCAUGAAGGUGAAGACCAGAGCGAAUAUCGAUGGACAACCGCUGAUUCCCGAGUCCUGGGAGGCCAUUCGUCUCAAGGAGGCGGCCAUGAACCGUGUGCCCGAAAUGUUUGUUGAUUCAACACCACAACAAGCACCCGUGUUCACCACACACUUGCAGAGCUACGACAAGCUGCACGAGGGUCAGCAUGUGCAUCUGGAGGCGCAGGUGGAACCACGCGCAGAUCCCAAUCUGCGCAUCGAAUGGUUCAAGAAUGGCAUCUCCUUGACCACAGGCUCUCGCAUUCGCAGCACUUUCGACUUUGGUCUGGUCACCCUAUCGAUCAAUGGACUUCGCGAGGAUGACUCGGCGAUUUACACCUGCAAGGCAACCAAUCAAGUGGGCGAAGCUGUAUCCACCUCCUCGCUCAAGAUCGAAGAUCGUCACUGGCUGCAGGCUGAAUCAUUGCAUCCCGAUUCGUUGCCGCGCAUUGGACAGCUGGAGGCACCCAAGGAGGGACGUCCCGAGGCUCCAGAGCCUACCUAUGAGACCCCAGUCUUUAUCACUCACCUUAACAACCUUGAGUGCAAGGAGAACGACAGCGUGCGCUUUGAAUGCAACGUGGAGCCGGCUCGUGAUCCUACGAUGGGCAUCGAGUGGUUCUAUAAUGGACAACCCCUCCAGGCAGCUGCCAAGUUCAAGUCCAUCUACGACUUUGGCUACUGUGCUCUGGAUUUGAGCAACAGCUAUGCCGAGAACAGCGGCAUUUAUACCUGCAAGGCCACCAACAGCAAGGGAUCAGCCACCACUUCGGGCACCUUGAAGUGCACCGGUGGUAAGACCAUGUUCCUGGAUACCCAACAUCCUCAAGGCGAAAGUGGUCUGGAAGCUGUUCAGGAAACUGAAGCUGAGCUGGCAAAUCGUUAUGCUCAGAAAUCUGCCAAGCCAGAGACUCAGUAUCCACCGCCAGUGUGGACUAAGCCAUUGCAGCCGGAGUUCCAUCUAUCCGAGGCGCAGCCCAUUCAUUUGGAAGCCAAUGUGAAACCCAAGGAGGAUCCUAAUCUCUAUAUUGAGUGGUACUUUAAUGGCAAGCUGUUGCAACACGGCUCUCGCUUCAAGAUGACAACCGAAUUUGGUUUCGUGACCAUGGACAUGAUUGAGGUGUACUCCAGAGAUCAAGGUAUCUACACCUGCAAGGCCUGGAACAAGGCUGGCGAGGCCUUUACCUCCACCACCAUCUUCUGCUCGAGCAAGGACAGCAUCAUUGACUCCACGCAGCAUCCAAAGGGCGCCGAGGGCUUGGGACAGAUCCAGGAUCUGGAAGAUUCCCUACGCAAGGACGGCAGCAAACCGGAGCAGCCUGAACAAGGCAUUGCACCACGUUUCACCACAGAGUUUGUCAACAUUGUGGACAUCGGCGAGGGUGAGUUGGCCCAUUACGAGGCCAAUCUUAUUCCUUUGGGUGACCAGAGCAUGGUCAUUGAGUGGUUCUUCAAUGGCAAGAUCCUUGAGGCCAGCCAUCGUGUGCGUACCAUCUACGCCUUUGGCACCGUUGCCCUGGAGGUGCUUGGAACCAAGAUUGAAGACACUGGCACCUACACUUGCCGGGCCACCAACAAAUAUGGCUCAGCCGAGAUCAGCUGCACCUUGGAGUGUGUGGACAAGCCACGUGGUCAAAAGCCACACUUCACCUCGCACAUUCAACCGCUGCAGGGACUGAAGGACGGACAAUCCGCUCACUUCGAAUGCACCUUGAUUCCCGUCAACGAUCCCGAACUUAAAGUGGAGUGGUACCACAAUGGCAAGCUGCUACGUCACUCGAAUCGCAUCAAGACCGUGUCCGACUUUGGUUAUGUCGUCUUGGAUAUUGCUUAUCUGCAGGAUCACGACAGUGGCGAAUAUGUUUGUAGGGCUUGGAACAAGUACGGCGAGGACUUUACCCGCACCACCCUCAAUUGCGGUGGUCGCGGUGGUGUCUUCUAUGACAGCUUGCAGCCUGAUUCUCUGCAGAGAAUCCGUGAGCUCGAGUGCCCGCAAGGACAGCAGACGGACACGGGAGCUCCGCUGGUCGCUGAGCCACCCAAGUUCAUCACACAGAUCAGUGAUGUGACCAAACUGGUCGAGGGACAAAGCGCUCACUUCGAGGCUCGCCUUACUCCCGUUACAGAUCCCGAUUUGGUCGUGGAGUGGUACUUCAAUGGCAAGAAACUGCCACAUGGACAUCGUUUCCGCACCUUCCACGACUUUGGCAUUGUUAUCCUGGACAUUCUCUACUGUUAUGAGGAGAAUUCCGGUGUGUACGAGUGCCGUGCUCACAACAAGUACGGCGAGGAUGUCACCAAGGCUACUCUGAAGUGCGCCUCGAAGGCCAGCCUCAUUCUGGACUCCCAAUUGCCACGUGGCAUGGAGGGAGGUCUGGAGAAGAUUGCCAAUCUGGAGUACAGCAUGGUGCGUACUCGCGAUGAGACCACCGAGGAGACCAAGGGCAAGGCCCCAGUCUUUACCGUACCACUGGAGAACAUUGAGAACCUGCGUGAGGGAGAGAACGCUCACUUUGAGGCUCGCAUUACGCCUGCUGAUGAUCCCAAGCUGAAGGUCGAAUGGUAUUGGAAUGGACGCCCAUUAAAGGCGGGAUCCCGCUUCCGCACCUUCUGCGACUUUGGCUUUGUCAUCCUCGAGAUUUCCCCUGUUUAUCCCGAGGACUCUGGCGAGUACUCUUGCCGUGCCAUCAAUGAAUACGGCGAGGCCGUGACCACAGCCACCAUGAAGAUCCAGGGCAAGCGUAGCAUCAUCAUGGAGUCUCAGCUGCCUAAGGGCAUGGAGGGAACCAUUGAUCGCAUUGCUGAACUCGAGGGUCUCGGCUCCCGUAGCACAGAGUUUGUGCCCGAGGACGAUACUGGCAAGCCUCCCGAGUUUAUUACAACUCCCUUCGACAUGGUGAUUUCGGAGAACGCACUGGCUCACUUCGAGUGCCGUCUGCAGCCCAUCAAUGAUCCUUCUAUGCGUGUGGAUUGGUUCCACAAUGGCAAGGCCUUGUGGGCUGGCUCUCGCAUCAAGACCAUCAAUGACUUUGGCUUUGUAAUCCUCGAAAUUGCCGGCUGUUAUCAACGCGACACGGGUCUUUACACCUGCAAGGCAACCAACAAGCAUGGCGAAGCCACAGUGUCCUGCAAACUGCAGGUCAAGGGUCGCCAAGGCAUUGUGAUGGAACCUCAGUUGCCCUCCAACUUCCGCACUGGUACCGAGAGUCUGCAGAAGCUGGAGGAGAGCAUGUACAAGCGCGAGGAGAUUGUCGUGGAUGAGGAGCAACCCAAUCCGCCCAAGUUCAUUGAGGAUAUCAAGGAUAACUUGGACGUGCCCGAGGGUGGUCCCAUACACUUUGAUUGCCGCGUUGAACCCGUCGGAGAUCCGUCAAUGCGCAUCGAAUGGUUCUACAAUGGACGUGUCAUGGCAACCGGCUCCCGAGUUCAUCAACUGAACGACUUUGGCUUUAUUGCUCUGGACAUUGACUACAUUUAUGCCAGGGACUCUGGAGAGUACACUUGCCGUGCCACCAACAAGUGGGGCACAGCAACCACCACCGCCAAGGUCACCUGCAAGGGCAAGCACAACAUUGUCUAUGAAUCCCAGCUGCCUGAAGGCAUGACCGCUGAUAAACUCAAGGAAUUGGAACGUGGACGCAUACCAGAUGCUCCAAAGAUUGUGGAAGAAACAUUUGGACCACCAAAGUUCAUUACACAGAUCGCUUCGGUGACUGCCGAGGAAUCGGAGGCCGUGAGAUUCGAAUGCCAAGUGGAACCCAAGACAGAUCCCAGUCUGCGUGUCGAAUGGUAUCGCAAUGGCAAACCCUUACCCUUGGGUCAUCGCUAUAGGAACGUCUUUGACAUGGGCUUCGUUUCCCUGGACAUUUUGUAUGUGUACAGCGACGAUUCUGGCGAAUAUGUCUGCCGUGCUGUCAACAAUCAUGGCGAGGAUCGCACCAAGGCUACUGUCUCCUGCAAGAAACUGCCCACAAUUCUGCUGCAGAAUCAAGUGCCACGUGGCAUGAAGCGUUCGGAUGCGCUCACUCAGAUGGAGGCAACAAUUAAGAAGUAUACUUCUGAAGUCCAUUUGACUGAGGAUGAUCUCUUCGAUCCCGAUCGCAAGCAGCCGCCUCGCUUUGUCACACAGAUCAAGGAACAAACCUCUCUCACGGAAAUGGCCAAGACCAAAUUCGAGUGUCAAUUGGCACCUGUUGGUGAUCCGAACAUGAAGGUUGAAUGGUUCUUCAAUGGCAAACCUUUGCUCUUCAAGAAUCGCUUCCUGCCCAUCUAUGAUUUCGGCUAUGUUGCCAUGAACUUUGGCUGGGUUUAUCCCGAGGACAGCGGUGAAUACGUUUGCCGUGCCACCAAUUUGUAUGGCAAGGACGAAACUCGCGCCAUUAUCAAGGUGUCCGGCAAGCCAGGAAUUGUCUAUGACUCUCAACUGCCAGCUCAUAUGCAGAGCAUUGAUCGCAUUCGCGAAAUGGAAGCCUCUUGGCAAGUUGUGCCCGAGGAGGCUGAUCCCGAUGCAAAGCCAAGAACUAAGCCCACCUUUGUCAGCAAACUGGAGCCACAGACUGUGGAGGAAGGAGAUCCUGCCAGAUUCUGUGUGCGUGUCACCGGACAUCCACGUCCUCGUGUCAUGUGGCUGAUCAACGGACACACUGUUGUUCAUGGCUCUCGUUACAAGCUGACAAAUGAUGGCAUGUUCCAUCUGGAUGUUCCCAAGACGCGUCAGUAUGAUACUGGCAAGGUUGAGGUAAUUGCCCGUAACUCUGUGGGAGAAUCGAUUGCGUCAACUGAAUUGAAUGUUGUGGCUCGUUCCGAUGACUAUCGCAAUGUAUUGAAGAAUUCACCACGUCCCUGGUACGAUUAUGAGCUAACUGCCUAUCAGAAGGAGCGUCAGGAUAACGAAUUGGAAAAGGCAUUUGAUGAGCGUAAGCAAUAUUUGUCCGAGCAGAGUGCACAUACCCUGAAGGGUGUUGAGCACCUGAAGCCCAAGCAAUACAAGCCCCAGACUCCCGAAUGGCAGCAGAGUGUUAAGGCCAAGAAGAGCGAGGAGUACUACAGCAAGUUGCAAGAGCUGGAAACCGAGCAGUUGCUCAAGGAAACCAAACUGCGCAAGGAUCAUCAUCAGUAUGCCAUACCCGGAGAGAAGGUUGUCAGUAGCUCAGCUGCCAAGGGAAUGGCCCACUCCUACGAGGAGAAUCUUCAGGAGAAGACCAGCACCACUCAGAUCAAGGCCGCACCACCAAAGGGCACCGCUGAGCCAUCCGAGUCCUCAGUGCAUGGACGUGAAGUGCACAUGAAUAAGCAGCAGCAAGUGCAGAAGGAGAUUCAAGGUGACUUGGAGAUUACACGCAAGAUCACGGCCACCGAGACGACCGAAGUGGAGCACAAGGGGACCAUUCAGGAGCGCGUUGUCAAGGGACCCGUGAAACCCGCCAAGGCGCCGGUCUUCACCAAGAAGAUUCAGCCAUGUCGCGUCUUUGAGAACGAGCAGGCCAAAUUCGAGGUAGAAUUUGAGGGCGAGCCAAUGCCAAAUGUUAAAUGGUAUCGCGAGAGUUUCCCCAUUCAAAACUCGCCGGAUCUGCAGAUCCAUACGUUCAGCGGAAAGUCGAUUCUGAUUAUACGUCAAGUCUUCAUUGAAGAUUCGGCUGUAUUCUCGUGUGUGGCUGAGAAUCGCGGAGGUACCGCCAAGUGUAGUGCCAAUCUCGUUGUCGAGGAGCGCAGACGCGCGGGCAAGGGAGGCAUUCAGCCGCCCAGCUUUGUCAACACCAUUCAGAGCACCACCGUAGCCACCGGACAAUUAGCUCGCUUCGAUGCCAAGGUAACCGGCACUCGACCCAUGGAUGUCUACUGGCUGAAGAACGGCAUGAAGAUUCAGCCCAGCAUCAAAUUCAAGAUGCUCGAAGAGGAUAGUGUGCAUACUUUGCUCAUUAUUGAACCGUUUGCCGAGGAUUCGGGUCGUUAUGAGUGUGUGGCUGUGAAUGCCGCUGGCGAGGCACGUUGCGAUGGUGAUUGCAUUGUGCAGUCCCCCAAUAAGCCGGAGAAACCCACCACUCCAGGCAGUGAGAAGGCACCACAUAUUGUGGAACAACUGAAGAGUCAGUCUGUGGAGGAGGGCAGCAAGGUGAUCUUCCGUUGCCGUGUGGAUGGUAAACCAACGCCCACAGCUCGUUGGAUGCGUGGCGAGAAUUUUGUGAAGCCAUCGCGUUACUUCCAAAUGACACGCCAGGGAGAAUACUAUCAGCUGAUCAUAUCGGAGGCAUUCCCCGAGGAUGAGGGCACCUACAAGUGCGUUGCCGAGAACAAACUGGGCAGCAUUCAGACCAGCGCCCAGCUGAAGGUGCGUCCCAUCGAAAAUCUUGAUGCUCCACCAACCAUCACAGCCCUUAAGGAUGUGUCUGUCACCGAGGGCAUGCCCGCUCAGUUUAAGACUACGGUCACUGGCAAGGUGAAGGCCACAGCCGUACAGUGGUUCCGCGAGGGUCAGCUGAUACCGGAAACACCCGAUUUUCAGAUGAUCUUUGAUGGCAACAGUGCCGUGCUAUUGAUUGGCACCACCUACGAGGAGGAUUCGGGCAUCUUUACAGUGCGUGUGACUUCGUCUACGGGCCAAGUCGAGUCAUCAGCCAAACUGACUGUUAAAAAACGACGUAUCUCGGCUUAUCAAUUACGUACGAUUGAUUCUGUCGAAGAUGAGUCUUCAUCCUCAGGAAGGGAAGACAGUGCACCCGAUUCGCCCCAUCAAUUCCCACAGCAACAACCUGGGGAAUAUGGCCAAUAUCUGGGUGUUAAUGGCCAGGUUCAGCAUCAGGGUCGUUCUCGCACCAAAAAACCCAAGGUACGGAGCAAAUCUCUGCAGCCUCCCACAAAUGUGGUUCCUUGGAGAAAGUCUUCGCGUCCUCAUCGUGGACGAUCCCUAGACAAGCAGCCAUUCCUGCCGGGCUUUAAGCCCGAACCCGUCAAGUCCUGGACGGAAGAGACAAUCAGUUUGAAGGCAACGCCCAUUGAGAAAAAGAAGCCUACUCCCAAAUUGGAGGCAGCUCAGGUUGUGCUCAAGUCGAUUAAAACUGAAAGAGAUCAGGGUAUCAUGAGUUUGGGUGCAACUUUGGAACAGAUUAUUGCCGGCAAGACUGAAAAGGAAGCCGUGCCCUGGAUAACCAUGAGGGAAAAGCUCAAGCAGGUGGAGAGUGUCCAGCAACAGUUGAGUAAAUUUGAUCUCGAUGAGGUUUAUUUGCGACCACUCGAGGGUCAAAUUGAGACGGACGAGCAGCUGCCACAACAGGCGCAAGUGGAGCAGGUUCAACGCAACCAGGAGAUCCAACGUCUCAAGAGUAUGGAGAGUGUUGAAAUCAUGGAAAUGACUGAUCAGAUCGAUAAACUUAUUACUCAGCAACAGAACAAUAAGGAUCUGAUUCCAUGGAAGGAAAUGCGACAGCAAUUGAAGAGUGUGCAGCGUGUGACAAAACAAAUCGAUAAGUUUAAGAUUGAGGAAGUCGAGCUACGUCAUCUUCAGGCUCAGCAGGCGAUCAGCGAAGAGUUCCAAACAGAAGAAUCAGUUCUAAUGACCAUCGAUGAUAGUUCCAAGAGCUCAAUUUCGAAAGUAAUGCGUCGCGAUGAAGUGCAGCAUUAUGAAGAUCAGUCGAAUCUGUAUAAGCAGCAGUUUAUUAGCACAGAAGAGUCGAAUAUUAUGCACGUUUCAGAGCGUGAGAAACUAGAGGCUCAAAGAUUGAUUAGGGAACAACAAGCUGUGAAUUGGAGACGGCAACAACAACGUCCACAGCUACAACCCUUGACUUCAGUGGAAGAUACAAUAUCUCAGACGAGUGAGAGACAGCGACUUGUCCAGCAACAGAGUCUUUUGGAAGAGUCCCAACGUCAGCAGUUUGUGCAGGUCGAAGACUCUCAAAUGAUGAGUCUGGAGCAGUACGAACAUCAAAAGUUGAUCAAUCAACGCACUCAACAGGAAGCCUACAACUGGCGUCAACCUCAGCAGCCGCAGAAGUUUGUGCAGAUUGAAGAUUCAUCCCUACUGCAUCUUCAGGAGCGUCAGGACACCCAGGAACAACAGUUGUUGCAACAACAGCCUGUAAUGUGGGAUCGUGGCAAGAAGAAACCCGAACAAGUACAACCCCAAUCCCAUCCCUAUGCUCCAACAGUUCCUGUCGAGGAAAAACCAAAGACAUUUGAGGAAAUGCAUGAUGAGCUAAUUGAACCUGUUCCAGUUCAGCAGCCCGAACCGGUACCUGUACUCUGGGAGCGUGGCAAGAAGAAGACAACUAAACCACAACCAAAAACCUUUGAGGAACUGCACGAUGUGUUGGAUGAACCAGUGAUUCCACAGCAACCAGAACAAGUUCCAGUUCUGUGGGAGCGAGGCAAGAAGAAGCCGAUUACUCAGGAAGUAAUAACUGUUCAAGAAACUGUUCAGCAGGCAUCACAAGUAGUUGAAGAAACCAAGAAGACAGCAGUACGUCGAGUAAUUCCACCACGUGAACCUGAACAAAAGGUUGAGCAAGUCACAUUGAAGCCAACGCCACGACAGCGUCCCAAGGAGGCACAAAAAGCUGAGGAGUUCCAAUUGAAGCCUCUGAAGACGACGAGAACAGUACAACAAUCUGUGGAAGAGACAGCUCUAAAGGCAUUCGAAGAAGCUACAGACGAGCUGGUUGAAGAUGCUCCAACUCAGGAAGAAGAGCAGCCGCAGCCUGUGAUGUGGGAACGUGGAAAGAAGAAGCCACAGCAGCCAGAAGAACAAGUGUCGGAGAUUCCGAAAACACUUGAAGUUGCAGUUGAUACUUUAGAAGAAGAAACUAUAAAGACGGAAGAACCCCAACCACAGCCCGUGUUGUGGGAGCGUGGCAAGAAGAAACCUCAACAGGCAGCUCCUCAGGAGAUUCCCAAGUCACUUGAAGUCGCCAUUGAUACAAUUGAGGAAGUAACUCUACCAACUACUCAACCUGAACCACAGCCCGUUAUGUGGGAGCGUGGAAAGAAAAAGAAGCCACAGCCACAGCAAGUUGUUGAACAAAAGGUUGAGGAUGUUCCAACAAAGACUUAUGAAGAAGCAGUAGACGUUCUUCCGGAAGAAGUAAAGGUUGAAGAAAAACCCGAACCUGUUCUAUGGCAACGUGGCAAGAAGAAGGUUCAACACUCUAAGCCGACUGAAGAACAGCAGCCAGAUGAAGUAGACGCCUCAGUUGUAGAAGUUGAAAAAGAAGAAGAGAUUGUCGAAGAAAAGCGUAAGGUUAAGAAGGUAAAGAAGCCAAAGCCAGCUGUCGAAAUAGUCGAGCAAGUUGAAGAACCUGAAGAAGAAGCUCCUGAGGAAGAAGUGAUUGAAGAAGAGGAAGAAAUUGUUGAGGAGAAGCGAAAGGUAAAGAAGACGAAGAAACCAAAGAAAACUGUAGAGGGGACUGAAGAAUUAGAGCAGCCUGUUGAUGAAGCUCCUCAAGAGGAAGUCAUAGAAGAAGAAGAGGAGAUCAUUGUAGAACAGGAUGAGAUUGUUGAAGAAAAGCGAAAGGUAAAAAAGACGAAGAAACCAAAUAAAACUGUAGAGGUGACUGAAGAACAUCCCAUGGAAGAAGUUCCACAACAAGAAGAAAUUGAGGAACAGGAAGAGAUUGUUGAAGAACAAGAAGAGACUGUUGAAGAAAAGCGCAAGGUGAAAAAGACAAAGAAACCCAAGAAAAUUGUAGAGGAGACUGAAGAACAGCCUACGGAAGAAAUUCUACAAGAAGAAGAAAUUGAGGAACAGGAAGAGAUUGUUGAAGAACAAGAAGAUAUGGUUGAAGAAAAGCGUAAAGUAAAGAAGACAAGGAAACCCAAGAAAACUGUAGAGCUGAACGAAGAGCAACCUACGGAAGAAAUUCCACAAGAGGAAGAAAUUGAAGAAGAAGAAAUCAUUGAAGAACAGGAAGAGAUUGUUGAAGAAAAGCGUAAGGUCAAGAAGACAAAGAAACCUAAGAAGCCUAUUGAGGUGACUGAAGAAGAAGAACAGCCUGUUGAAGACACUCCCCAAAGGGAGAUCGUAGAAGAGCAUGUAGAAAUGGUAGAAGAAAAGCGCAAAGUUAAGAAGACAAAGAAGCCUAAAGCUAUAGAAACUGAGCAAGAAGUCGUUGAACAACCAGAAGACCAGCCUGAAGAGGUUGAAGAAAUUGAGGAGCCCACAGUUGAAGAGCCUAAGAAAAAGAAGCCCGUUGUCAAGAAACCAGAAGUAGAACAGGUGGAGAAGGUUUCAUUGAAGCCUGUGCCAAGAAAGCCACAACAACUGCCUGAAAAGGAACAAGUUGAAGAGGUGACGCUGAAGCCACGUCCAAGAGCCUCAAUUGUAUCGGAGACGCAAGAGCCUGAGACAACUGAAACUGAAUUUAUUGAGAAAGAGAAAGUUGUUACCUUUGAAGAUCAAGUGGUGGAUGUUACGAAGAAGCGCGUAAAGAAGAAGAAGCCCAAAACAAAACCUGAAAGCCAAGAAUCUGUCGAAGAACCAACCGAAGAUGCUGAAGAGCAAGAAGAAGAAACUCAACCGGAAGAAAUCGAACUUGUUGAAAGUAUUGGCGAAGAGCAAGUUCUUGAGGAAGAAACUCCCAAGGAGGUCGUUACCAAAUUGAGACCCAAGAAGGAGCAGGUUGUGGAGGUGGUCGAAGAAGUGUCUUUGAAACCAGUGACACGGCCGAAGAAACAAUUACCCCAAGAAGCAACCAUAGAAGAAGUGCGACUCAAGCCAACGAAACGUAUAACUUCAAAGCCUGAGGAGGUCACACUAGAAGAGGUUGCAUUGCAGCAUGUAGAAAAGCCCGAAGAGGAAAUUGUUCAAGAGGAAAAACGCAAGGUUAAGAAGGUAAAGAAACCCAAACCAGAAGACCUGCCAGAAAUACCAGACGCCGAGCCUACGGUGCUGGAGGAAGCUGAACACAUUGACAUCGAGAAGGAGCCUAAGCCAGAGGAAGAGCAACCACAAGUACCCUGGAAGCGUGGUGAGAAGAAGAAACCUGUAGCAGAGCCUUUAGAAGAAAAGAAGUGGCCAACUGGCAAACGCCGGCCACUUCCCGAAGAACAGCCGGAAGAGGUGCAACUGAAGCCCAUUCCGAGCAAGCCCGUGGAAGUGCCUGCUCAGCCAGAGAAAGCCAUUCCCGGACCAGAGCUGUUGCCAGAAGAAAAGGUGGAAAGUGAGGAUGAGAUAUCUGACUUGGAACCUCUAAAGAUUCCCGACGACAAGGAACCCAAAGAGAAGGUAAAGAAGGAGAAGAAAAAGAAGCCAAAACUUAAGAAGGCAACUCCAUCCGUGGAUGAAGUGUCCGCAGAAGUUGCCGAGCCAUUUGCUGAGCCAAUUGCUGAAGAGGAUCAAGUUGAAGAACUCCCAGUUGAAGAUGUUAAAGUGGUUGCGGUAUCCGAAGAUGUGCAGCCCAAGGAAGAGGUUGCGAUAACCGACAGUGCACCCGAAACUAAGCAAAAGGCGCACAAAAAACGUACAAAGCCCCUGAAACAAGCAUCGGUUGAGGGACAGCCACAACUUUUAGAAUCAGCAGUUGCCGAAAUUGAAAAGGCUGAUGAAAUUUCCCAAGAGAUCUCACAAAAGACUAUUACUUUAUUGAAGAAGACUGAAGACACAAGACCUCAAUUCAUUACAACGGAACAGCUGAUCGAACUGGACGUUGAGGACGUGAGACGUGAUCUUGAAAUGAAAAUCACUUCAAACAUUAUCAAGAAGGAGAAGCGUCGUGUUGUGCUCGAUGACAGUCAGCCACUUCCCGAAUUGGAAUUGAUUACACAGAAGCGCAUUCAAGAGGGCAUUGAUAAGGUGGCCGAUGAGGAGCUUAUCGAGGAUCAACAGUUAACACAGAACCUGCAGGAAACUACAACCUCUGAGGUGAUCGGCCAGGAGCGUAAACUGGUCAAGAAGAAGAAGAAGGAGAUUAAACCACCACGCAUCACAGAAAAGUUACGUCCACGUCAAUGCGUUCCUGAAGAACCCACCGUUCUCGAGUGCAAGGUUGAAGGUGUACCAUUCCCAGAGAUUAAUUGGUACUUUAACGAUAUGCUGCUUUUUGCCUCCGAAAAGUAUGAAAUCACAGUCGUGGAGCAGGUGGCACAACUGAAGAUUGCAAAGGUCACACCCAGCGAUGUGGGUGUCUACACCUGUGAGGCAAAGAACGAGGCUGGAGUAGCGACAAGUCGUACCAACAUAAUCUUAGAAAAAGAACAAGGAGUCGCGCCACAGUUCACGAAGCCACUUAAGAUAGUCUUUACAGAGGAAAAGGAGCCCGAGCGGCUUAAAGUAACAGUUACGUGUCAAGUUGCAGGUAAACCACAUCCUCAAGUUAAAUGGUAUCGUGGAAUCGAGGAGGUUAUACCCAAUGAGGCCUUGCAAAUGUUCCACGAUGAACAGACGGGCGAUGUUGUCUUGGAGGUGAUGAAUCCAACGCCCAAUGAAGCCAUUACAUAUUCGAUUCAAGCACAAAAUCAAUUUGGAAGAGCUAUAGGUAAUGCCAACAUUAUUAGUCGCCUGGAUGAAGUGCCCAGGGAGAUUUUGAAAGCACCGACAGUAACUCCAUUGAGUGCGGUAGUUAUACCCAAUGGUGGUACCUUGCUCUUUGAGGCCAAGUAUGAUGGACAGCCCAAGCCGGAGAUUAAAUGGUUGCGCAAUGGUCGUGAGAUCAUUGAGAAUGAAGAAACCAUAAUAGAAACGACUGAAAGCACAACUACCAUAAGAGUUAUCAAUAUGACGCGUAAGCGUACUGGCAAAUAUGAGAUUUGGGCCAAGAAUAAGGUGGGUGAGGCGAAAUCUUCGGGUUCGGUGGUUGUAUCCGAUCAAGCACCCGAUAAGCAGAUAAAACCACCUCGCUUUAUUCAACCCCUGGAGCCCAAGUACUUUGGAGAGCAUGAAGUCGCAAUACUUGAGGCAGUUGUUGAGUCAGAACCGCUUUCAUCGUUCCAAUGGUUUGUGCAUAAUGAGCCCAUUAAGAGCUCCAAUGAAUGCCGCAUUGUUAGCCAGGCCAACAAGUCGACACUUUUGAUUGAGGACUUCCAAAAGAAGUUCACAGGACCAUUCACUUGUCGGGCCGAGAAUGUUGGCGGCUCUGUUACCUCAACGGCAACAGUCAAUAUGUUGGAGGCAUUGCCGCAGGAAGAGGCUGUUGAAUUUGAAUCGCCACGUUUCGUUGAGGAAUUGAUUCAGCCCGUGGAGGUUAUGGAUGGUGAGGCUCUGUUGUUGACUUGCCAAGUGACAGGCAAGCCCACGCCCAAGGUGGAAUGGUAUCACAAUGAGGAGAAGAUUGCCGAAACAAAAGAGACAACAAUUUCCCAGGAUAUGCAGGGAAUUUGUCAGCUGCAAAUUACGGAAGUGUUCCCUGAAAAUCAGGGUCAAUAUAAAUGCGUUGCCACCAAUAAAAUUGGCAAGAGCGUCACCGCCACAACAGUCAAUAUUCAAGCAUUUGAAUAUAUCCCCGAUUCUGAAAUCACUGGACUCACAGGCUCUGAGGAGGAUCUACUUGAUAGAACCAUCUCAAUCGACGAACAAGCACCGAAAAUCAUUAAAAAGCUACCAGAAAAAAUCGAACCCAAAGAGGGUGAGCAAGCCAAAUUGGAAGUUAAGGUUAUUGGUAAGCCAAAACCAAAAGUCAAAUGGCUACGUGACGACGAACAGAUAUUCGCAUCCGAGGAAUAUCAAAUCGAAAAUUUCGACGAUGGGACCUCAGUAUUGGUCAUCAAUCAUGUAUAUCCCGAUGAUUUGGGCACAAUUAGUUUUGAGGCAUACAAUCCAUUGGGAGUGGCAGUAACCACAGCUCUAUUUGCAGUUGAAGGCAUCGUUGGAUCCAAGGAUUAUCGCAAACCAGAAUGGGUGACUCACAUGGAAGAGAUGCAAGUCGCUCUCAAAGCUGCUAAAUGCUCGCCAUCGCUACUAAAUGAAAUGCGUGACUGUCGUGCUGCCUUAGGCGAAACAGCGAAAUUCUCAAUACAAUUUGCAGGCAACCCCAGACCAGAUAUACAGUGGUAUUUCAACAAUGUGCAACUUAGGGCGUCUGAAAAGUAUCUCAUGGUAGUUGAGGAAUCCGAAGCAACUUUAGAGAUUUUAAAGAUAACAAAUAAUGAUUGUGGUGUCUACAUUUGCAAGCUGAUCAAUGAAAUUGGCAUGACCAUGACGCGCGCCAAAUUCGAUAUAUCCUCAACUUCUAAUAUAGAGGAGGUCAAGACAAAGACCACUGUGAAGAAGAAGGCGGGUAAAAAGACAUCGACCACAAUGGCCAAAAGAUCUAGCGCAUCUGAAUCCCAGAUGUUACAUAAGACAGAGAUCAAAGUAGUGCCAGCAACUAAUAUCGAAACUACAGUAAACAUUAUCAAAGUGAAACAGGCUGUUCCCAUUGUAGUGGAGCGCAGUGGAGUUUCCGAAGUAAUUCAAGUAAAAGAUCGCAGGAUUGCCGAUGCCGAACAGCGCAGCAGUAGAAUUAUCGAAGAAAUCGAAGAGGUUGACGAAGAAGAAGUAGAAAUACAAGAAGAAGAAGAAGUGCAUAUAGAAAAGAAAGAAUAUACAUCCAAAAAAUCAAUUGAACUAACCGAAACAGUUCAACUAAUACGCACAAAAAUCACACAGAAGACCAUUAAGAUUGAAGAUAUCUAUGAAAUUAGUCAACAUGAAGAAGUUCAAUGGCUUUUGGAGUCUGUUGAGGCCGAAUCCUUUGGCAAAAUCGGCGAAGCAGCUCUCAGAGAUCUGGCCACAAUUGGAGUACUGCUGCGCUAUGGCUGCACUCAUUAUGAGAUCACCUACAUGUACGAACAGAAUAUAUUUAUAUCUCUGCAAAAACCCGAGUCGCAAUCGGCUCUAGUUCAGCUCGUGGAACGUGAGGGACACGAGGAGCUGAUUACACAUAUUCUGAGUGAAUCUUCCAACGAGGAUGAAACCAUCUUAGCCGCAACUGUCGGUUUCAAGGCCUUCAUUCGCAUGAUACAGACUUAUGAGAUAACAAUUGAGACGGUCAUACGAAAGUUUCAUAGGGAGGACUUCAUCUCGCACGAUUGGAAGAUAUGCGGAAAGGAGAGAAUAAUAGAGACAUCCCAGAUAAUCGAAAGUCACGAGGCUAUCACGCAUGUGAAAAUCGAAACCACAACCACUAAAGUGGAAAAACAAUUCAUACAGCAACAACAACAAGAACAACAAGAACAAGAACAACAAGUACAAAUACAGGCUGAACAAACUGUGCAUAGGAAAACGAAAACUAAAAAGCAUAAAAAACAUACAGAAAUAAUACAACAACAACAACAACAACAACCAGAACAAGAACAAGAAUAUGAGAGAGAAAGUAUUGAGGAAUUGGUCGAUUAUGAGCAGAGAGAAACAUUUGCCAAAGAAUACAACACUGAAACCCCGAAACAAGAAACACUUGAGCAACUUGAAGACCUUUUGCCACAUGCCACAACACUUUCCACCCAAAAUGUGUCCAAAAGCAUACACGAAAUUGUUGCAGUUGCUGAAACAACAGAACUCUCCACACCGAAACCGAUUGAAGCCCAAACACAAAAUGAUAUAUUACCAGAAAAGACUUUAGCAGUUAAUGAGGAAUAUUUGGCAUUUGAUGAGGUUAGUUCUGGUUUGGAUCAAUCCAAACCACAAGUUAGUAAACUUAGCGAACAGGUUGAGGUUCAUGAAAGACAUGCGAUUUCAGUUACUGAGACGCAAACAAAGGAAACUCCCAAAGAGCUGAAAUCUUCGAAAAUUCCCAAACUUGUCAAAGCCGAACGAAAAGUAAAGGAAUCACGUCCACUCUUAAUCGAGGCACAAAGCGUUGAAGAUUCUCUUGGAGAAGUGGAAUCUCUCAAGGCUCCCACUCAACAGGCUCAUGGUGAGAUUCUUUUAUCUCACGAACUUACCUCGGAGGAGCCCUCAACUGUGGAAGGUCUUGACAGCUUUAAGACUCCCACAAUGAGCACGGAAAAAGCACAGUCUCAAAUUCUAGAGAAUGAAGGACUUUUAAUCACGGAAACCUUCAGAGGAGAAACUGUAUCCAAGGAGUUUCCCCAAGUAAAGCCCAGCAGUGAACAAAUUUCACCACAACUUACUUCAAGUGUAAGUCUGGACAUUUCCGAGUGCCAACCCGAAGAUUCUGUAAAGGAACUUAGGCCCCAAGCAGAAGUUCGCACUGAGAACUUGUCUACAACAGUGCAAGAAUUUAAGGUAUUUAGCACUAGUGAAUCUAAGGCAUUAGAAAGCGUUGAAGAAAUGAUUCCAGACCAUCAACCUGUAAAAACUUUGGCUGAAAUCUCCAUUAAGCCAGAGGAAGUGCCAAUUCUAAUAGAGAAAACUGAGAAAAUGGAGUCUCUUGUAGCUGAAAAGCCCUUAACGCAAAAAGUAGCUGAAUUCCAGGCGGUUAAGCAGUUGGUCUUCUCAGAAAGUUUAAUAAACACAACUGCAGAUACGAGAAGUCCAACAGAAGAGAGUCUGCCAAAAUUCAAGACUGAUUCCCAGAAAGUUCAAUUUAGCUUAGAAACACAAAGGCACAUAAUAACUCAGGAGACUGCUUUUGAAGAGGAGCAUCCCCGUGACUUAGACUCGGAAGUACCUAAAAAUGUAGAUGCUACAGUGAGUCAAACAAGUUCCCUGCCAGUUGGUGAAACUCUUGAGACACAUUUAGUCGAAAUGACAGAACAACUUGUUGAGCCAACAGUCGAGGCUGCCAAACCUGCGAAGGAAACGAUGAGUAUGGCUUUUGGAACUGCCCUAGGAAAUCAGGAAGCAAUAUACGACACUAUUGAUGUAAUGGAUAAUGUAAAAACUGAUCUCAGUGAAGGAAAAGUAAAUAUAACGGAGGGUGAACUAGUUGCCGAAGUACAAACACAUAUUAUAAUCGACUCGGAACAGGAGCUCAUUACAAAGUUACCCGAAAUUUUUAAGGCAAAGCUGGAUUACGUUGAGCAUAAGGCUUUGGAUGUUAAAGAAGAUACGGGAAUUGAAAAAGAAACUAAAUUGUCUACACAAAAAGAAGCAACUGAGCAAGCUGCUUCGGAAGAAAUCAUUUCUGCAGAGCUUAAGGCCAGCAGUGUGUGGGAAGUGGAAUCUCAAAUAUCCACUGUUAAUAUUGAAAGUGAAGAUAUUAAGUCAGCAGCAGCUGCCCAAGCAUUUGAAACCAAGCCAAUCGGAGUGACAAGUCAACAGGACUCUCUACUGGGUACCGAAUAUCUGGAUGAGCUAAAGCAACCUGAUCAAAAGUCUGGAAAUUUAGUGAUCUAUGAGAAUCAACAGCCGUUGGAAGUAAUCAGUGUGCAAAUAACUGAGACAAGUUCAGAACUGAUCGAUACAACUCCAAAACAAUCUUUGACGUCAGCCCAUGAAACUUCAGAUACUCUUACGCAUUCCGAGCAAAUGGAGGUAGUGUUAAUGGAAUCCACAAAGGAACAUGCUACUGAAAGUAAGCCAACAGCUGCCUUAGCAGAUAUUUCAAUGCCAGCUCAGUAUGGUACAGAUAUAAUGGAGCAAUCUACUUUGGACACCCUACAACCUCAUGAGGAGAAAGCACAACCCCAAGAACAGACAACAGGAGCAACUUUUAAUCUUCUGCAAUCAUUGGAAACAAGUUCUUCGGUAACUUUGGAACAGGAAACGAUAUUGCAACCGGAAGAAACAAAAACAAUACAAAAUGCUGCCAUAACUACAUCGGGAGCUUUGCAAGUGGCAAAUAAAUUAGAUGCUCAGCACAUGGAAUCAUUACAAGAGCUUGAAGACAGAACACAACCUCAACAGCAAGCUCAGUUCAAUGUAAGUGGAAUUUCUCUGCCUGAAAGUGAAGAAGUAACAUCUCUAGAUACCCUUACUGAUUAUGUAACACCAGCUGUUAAUAAAUCUACCCUAACCAAUAUAGAACUGGUAGAAAACACAACUGCUUUAGAUACCACAACAGCAAUAACUAGUGAGAAAACAGAUGAGAUUCAGGAGUCAACUUUGCUUCAAUCAACAGCGAUUACACCAAAAUUAAGCGAUGCUACUAAAAGAUCUCCACUGUCAGUAGAACCAUAUGUUCUGGAUUAUGCUGCAGAAUUGACAACAAUAAGUCCCACACUAGAAACUAGCCAACCUUCAAUUAGUAAAUUCGAGGAAAUAAAUGUGCAGGAAACAAGAAUUUGCGAAAAGGAGGAACCAAUGGAAAAUUUAAUACAACCCACAGCACAAGUGGUUAAAGUAUCUUUAGAAUCAUCAACUGGUGUUGUAACGAGUCGUAAGGAGUCAACUUUUGAAUCGGAAUUUGAUCUUCAAAUGCCAAACGUUCUCUUAGAGCAGGCAAAGUCUAUUACAUCGGAGCAUUUAAGAAUACCAUUAACAGAAGGAGUGCAAGAGUCUCAGUCUACCGGAGAGCUUGCAGAGUUCAAUGUAUCCUCAAAACAGGCAACUUCAAGCAUUGAUGUUCUUAAUGAAACAAGAACAAUAGAAGCCAUAGUUUAUGAUAACAUCACAACAGCUAAAGUCAUUGAGGAACCGGAGUGUUUAGGCUCACAAACCAUGAUUCCACACGAGCAUACAAUGGUCACCGAGUGUAUAACCAUAAGUAAGGUAGAACCAUUUACUGAGACAUUAGAGAAGCAAAGAACUGCCCAUCCCACUCAGGAUACAUUUAGCCAGUUAGCUAUUGCGGAGGAUCAAAAUAUUCUAGAGGCCGAAUUUAUCUUUGAUGCCGAACGUUCUCAAGAAUUUAGUGCAAAGAUUAACGAAGUUAUUCCAACUUUAUUCAGCAAGGAUAUCAAGAAGGUUGACGUCUACGAAUCAGUUCAUGAAACACAACCAAGUGAGAAUGUUGGCACUGUGCAAGCUGGUUUUUCUUAUGCAAUGACUCAUGCACAGACAACAGAUCUGCAACAAACCGUAGAAGAUGCAGAUGAUUUAAUUUCUCAAGUUCCAAGCCUGGCAGCUGCUAGCUCGACAGAGAAUGAAUCAACCUUAAAGUUGCCAGUGAAUACUGCAGUUCAACUUGUGGAGGAUGUCAAGGAAAUUAUUGCUCCAACAACAAAUGAAAUAGUUGCUCAGGAGAGUUUGGAAGGACGAAAUUAUGAAGUAACAGUAACCGAUAGUCAAUGUGUCGAGAGUACAGAACUUAUUUCAAAGCUUGAACAUUUUUCUGCACGAGCAACCGAAUCGUUAAAUAUAAUGUUCCAAAGUACUCCUGAAUUAUUACAAGAGGACACUUAUCAAAAGGAAUCUGAAAUACAACCCACAACAUCUCAGGAAGUUGUUGCUAAGCCGAUAUUAAGUGAUAUCCUCCAACACACAACAACAACAGAUGUGAUGCCUUUUGAAUUAUCAGAACAAAUAAAACAUAUUAAAAGCACUACACAGGAGGCUCUUGUACAUUCAUUCCCUGCUUCCGAGGCUAAUAAGCUACUUGUUCAACUGGAUGAACUCAUUCUGCAAAAAGAAAAGCCAUUUGAGGAUACACAUCCGAUAGGAUACGGCAAACCUUUUAUUGAAGGAACGCAACGUGAAACAUUAAUUUCCGAAAUCUUGCCAAUCGAAAAUGUGGACAAUUUAGGAGAGGAGAAUCAAGCAUUACCAAUUGAGGCUCGAGUGACAACUGCACAAUCUCAAAUACAUAAAAUGAUAUCAGAAGUUGAAACCUUUGAGAAAACGGAUGAUUUUAAAUCUGAACUGCCAAGUGAGGAACAUUUCGCUAAAAUUAGAGGUAAUGCUGAAACUAAACAGGCUAAGCUAACAACUACACAAACAUUCUAUAUAAAGGAAGAUGAGUUCGCUCCGCUAUCGUUUAUCGAAGAAAACGCUGAAAUUUCUAAAGCGGAGAAAGAAUCGCUAGUAACAGAGCAAGUUAUUAGCUUGAGCUCCAUACACGAGUCCUACGACCUUCAAGUACCAAAGGAAGUGAAUGCAAAAAUAAUAAGUGAGUCUCCAAAUGAGGCAGUAACCAUUAUUGAUCAACUAGCUUAUGAACAAUCUCCAAUUAUGAAACCCGCAGAGAUAAAUUUAUCCACGCCAAAUGUUAAUUUCGUAGAAAGUUCUACAAAACCAGUUCAAACAACAACAGUAAGCAUCUACGAAAAUGUUGAGGGACACGGUGAUUUUAAGCCUCAAACUGCAAAGCCAACAGCUGAUGUGCUCUCAAAUUUAAAAGUUUCGGUUGUGGAAGAGGUUUCUGUUGUACCAUCUCUAGGUAGUAUUUCAAAAACAAAGCCUAAGGAAGCUAAAGCAAAUCCGACGAAGAAGAAGAUCCGCACACGUGUCAUCAAAAAGGUUAAGGGCGACAAGCAAGAAGUCACGAAGAUCGAAACCGUCGAAGAGGAUGACAAGGCACCCGAAACCACUGUCACAGUGGAAGAGAUACCUGUGGAAGAAGAAUCUCCUGAAGAAAUCAAGGAGCUUCCUGAGGAGGUCCAUGUUGUUGAAACUAUUUCCGAAGAUGGCAAGCCUAGGAAGAAGAAGAUUCGCACACGUGUCAUCAAGAAGGUUAAGGGCGACAAGCAAGAAGUCACCAAGAUCGAAACCGUCGAAGAGGAUGACAAAGCACCCGAAACCACUGUCACAGUGGAAGAGAUUCCUGUGGAAGAAGAAUCUCCUGAAGAAAUCAAGGAGCUUCCUGAGGAGGUUCGUGUUGUUGAAACUAUUACUGAAGACGGCAAGCCUAGGAAGAAGAAGAUUCGCACACGUGUCAUCAAGAAGGUUAAGGGCGACAAGCAAGAAGUCACCAAGAUCGAAACCGUCGAAGAGGAUGACAAAGCACCCGAAACCACUGUCACAGUGGAAGAGAUUCCUGUGGAAGAAGAAACUCCAGAAGAAAUCAAGGAGCUUCCUGAGGAGGUUCGUGUUGUUGAAACCAUUACUGAAGACGGUAAGCCGACAAAGAAGAAGAUCCGCACACGUGUCAUUAAGAAGGUUAAGGGCGACAAGCAAGAAGUCACCAAGAUCGAAACCGUCGAAGAGGGUGACAAAGCACCCGAAACCACUGUCACAGUGGAAGAGAUUCCUGUGGAAGAAGAAAAUCCUGAAGAAAUCAAGGAGCUUCCUGAGGAGGUUCGUGUUGUUGAAAUGAUUACUGAAGACGGCAAACCUAAGAAGAAGAAGAUCCGCACACGUGUCAUCAAGAAGGUUAAGGGCGACAAGCAAGAAGUCACCAAGAUCGAAACCGUCGAAGAGGAUGACAAAGCACCCGAAACCACUGUCACAGUGGAAGAGAUUCCUGUGGAAGAUGAAUCUCCUGAAGAAAUCAAGGAGCUUCCUGAGGAGGUUCGUGUUGUUGAAAUGAUUACUGAAGACGGCAAGCCGACAAAGAAGAAGAUCCGCACACGUGUCAUCAAGAAGGUUAAGGGCGACAAGCAAGAAGUCACCAAGAUCGAAACCGUCGAAGAGGAUGACAAAGCACCCGAAACCACUGUCACAGUGGAAGAGAUUCCUGUGGAAGAAGAAUCUCCUGAAGAAAUCAAGGAGCUUCCUGAGGAGGUUCGUGUUGUUGAAAUGAUUACUGAAGACGGCAAACCUAAGAAGAAGAAGAUCCGCACACGUGUCAUCAAGAAGGUUAAGGGCGACAAGCAAGAAGUCACCAAGAUCGAAACCGUCGAAGAGGAUGACAAAGCACCCGAAACCACUGUCACAGUGGAAGAGAUUCCUGUGGAAGAAGAAUCUCCUGAAGAAAUCAAGGAGCUUCCUGAGAAGGUUCGUGUUGUUGAAAUGAUUACUGAAGACGGCAAGCCGACAAAGAAGAAGAUCCGCACACGUGUCAUCAAGAAGGUUAAGGGCGACAAGCAAGAAGUCACCAAGAUCGAAACCGUCGAAGAGGAUGACAAAGCACCCGAAACCACUGUCACAGUGGAAGAGAUUCCUGUGGAAGAAGAAACUCCAGAAGAAAUCAAGGAGCUUCCUGAGGAGGUUCGUGUUGUUGAAAUGAUUACUGAAGACGGCAAACCUAAGAAGAAGAAGAUCCGCACACGUGUCAUCAAGAAGGUUAAGGGCGACAAGCAAGAAGUCACCAAGAUCGAAACCGUCGAAGAGGAUGACAAAGCACCCGAAACCACUGUCACAGUGGAAGAGAUUCCUGUGGAAGAAGAAUCUCCUGAAGAAAUCAAGGAGCUUCCUGAGGAGGUUCGUGUUGUUGAAUCGAUUACUGAAGACGGCAAGCCUACGAAGAAGAAGAUCCGCACACGUGUCAUCAAGAAGGUUAAGGGCGACAAGCAAGAAGUCACCAAGAUCGAAACCGUCGAAGAGGAUGACAAAGCACCCGAAACCACUGUCACAGUGGAAGAGAUUCCUGUGGAAGAAGAAACUCCUGAAGAAAUCAAGGAGCUUCCUGAGGAGGUUCGUGUUGUUGAAUCGAUUACUGAAGACGGCAAACCUAAGAAGAAGAAGAUCCGCACACGUGUCAUCAAGAAGGUUAAGGGCGACAAGCAAGAGGUCACCAAGAUCGAAACCGUCGAAGAGGAUGACAAAGCACCCGAAACCACUGUCACAGUGGAAGAGAUUCCUGUGGAAGAAGAAACUCCUGAAGAAAUCAAGGAGCUUCCUGAGGAGGUUCGUGUUGUGGAAACAAUUACUGAAGACGGCAAGCCGACAAAGAAGAAGAUCCGCACACGUGUCAUCAAGAAGGUUAAGGGCGACAAGCAAGAAGUCACCAAGAUCGAAACCGUCGAAGAGGAUGACAAAGCACCCGAAACCACUGUCACAGUGGAAGAGAUACCUGUGGAAGAAGAAUCUCCUAAAGAAAUCAAGGAGCUUCCUGAGGAGGUUCGUGUUGUUAAAACGAUUACUGAAGACGGUAAGCCGACAAAGAAGAAGAUCCGCACACGUGUCAUCAAGAAGGUUAAGGGCGACAAGCAAGAGGUCACCAAGAUCGAAACCGUCGAAGAGGAUGACAAAGCACCCGAAACCACUGUCACAGUGGAAGAGAUUCCUGUGGAAGAAGAAUCUCCUGAAGAAAUCAAGGAGCUUCCUGAGGAGGUUCGUGUUGUUGAAACCAUUACUGAAGACGGUAAGCCGACGAAGAAGAAGAUCCGCACACGUGUCAUCAAGAAGGUUAAGGGCGACAAGCAAGAAGUCACCAAGAUCGAAACCGUCGAAGAGGAUGACAAAUCACCCGAAACCACUGUCACAGUGGAAGAGAUUCCUGUGGAAGAAGAAACUCCGGAAGAAAUCAAGGAGCUUCCUGAGGAGGUUCGUGUUGUUGAAACGAUUACUGAAGACGGCAAGCCGACGAAGAAGAAGAUCCGCACACGUGUCAUCAAGAAGGUUAAGGGCGACAAGCAAGAAGUCACCAAGAUCGAAACCGUCGAAGAGGAUGACAAAGCACCCGAAACCACUGUCACAGUGGAAGAGAUUCCUGUGGAAGAAGAAUCUCCUGAAGAAAUCAAGGAGCUUCCUGAGGAGGUUCGUGUUGUUGAAACGAUUACUGAAGACGGCAAGCCGACAAAGAAGAAGAUCCGCACACGUGUCAUCAAAAAGGUUAAGGGCGACAAGCAAGAAGUCACCAAGAUCGAAACCGUCGAAGAGGAUGACAAAGCACCCGAAACCACUGUCACAGUGGAAGAGAUUCCUGUGGAAGAAGAAACUCCGGAAGAAAUCAAGGAGCUUCCAGAGGAGGUUCGUGUUGUUGAAACCAUUACUGAAGACGGCAAGCCGACAAAGAAGAAGAUCCGCACACGUGUCAUCAAGAAGGUUAAGGGCGACAAGCAAGAAGUCACCAAGAUCGAAACCGUCGAAGAGGAUGACAAAGCACCCGAAACCACUGUCACAGUGGAAGAGAUUCCUGUGGAAGAAGAAACUCCGGAAGAAAUCAAGGAGCUUCCUGAGGAGGUUCGUGUUGUUGAAACGAUUACUGAAGACGGUAAGCCGACAAAGAAGAAGAUCCGCACACGUGUCAUCAAGAAGGUUAAGGGCGACAAGCAAGAAGUCACCAAGAUCGAAACCGUCGAAGAGGAUGACAAAGCACCCGAAACCACUGUCACAGUGGAAGAGAUUCCUGUGGAAGAAGAAACUCCGGAAGAAAUCAAGGAGCUUCCUGAGGAGGUUCGUGUUGUGGAAACGAUUACUGAAGACGGUAAGCCGACAAAGAAGAAGAUCCGCACACGUGUCAUCAAGAAGGUUAAGGGCGACAAGCAAGAAGUCACCAAGAUCGAAACCGUCGAAGAGGAUGACAAAGCACCCGAAACCACUGUCACAGUGGAAGAGAUUCCUGUGGAAGAAGAAACUCCAGAAGAAAUCAAGGAGCUUCCUGAGGAGGUUCGUGUUGUGGAAACGAUUACUGAAGACGGUAAGCCGACAAAGAAGAAGAUCCGCACACGUGUCAUCAAGAAGGUUAAGGGCGACAAGCAAGAAGUCACCAAGAUCGAAACCGUCGAAGAGGAUGACAAAGCACCCGAAACCACUGUCACAGUGGAAGAGAUUCCUGUGGAAGAAGAAACUCCGGAAGAAAUCAAGGAGCUUCCUGAGGAGGUUCGUGUUGUUGAAACGAUUACUGAAGACGGUAAGCCGACAAAGAAGAAGAUCCGCACACGUGUCAUCAAGAAGGUUAAGGGCGACAAGCAAGAAGUCACCAAGAUCGAAACCGUCGAAGAGGAUGACAAAGCACCCGAAACCACUGUCACAGUGGAAGAGAUUCCUGUGGAAGAAGAAACUCCGGAAGAAAUCAAGGAGCUUCCUGAGGAGGUUCGUGUUGUUGAAACGAUUACUGAAGACGGUAAGCCGACAAAGAAGAAGAUCCGCACACGUGUCAUCAAGAAGGUUAAGGGCGACAAGCAAGAAGUCACCAAGAUCGAAACCGUCGAAGAGGAUGACAAAGCACCCGAAACCACUGUCACAGUGGAAGAGAUUCCUGUGGAAGAAGAAACUCCGGAAGAAAUCAAGGAGCUUCCUGAGGAGGUUCGUGUUGUUGAAACGAUUACUGAAGACGGUAAGCCGACAAAGAAGAAGAUCCGCACACGUGUCAUCAAGAAGGUUAAGGGCGACAAGCAAGAAGUCACCAAGAUCGAAACCGUCGAAGAGGAUGACAAAGCACCCGAAACCACUGUCACAGUGGAAGAGAUUCCUGUGGAAGAAGAAACUCCGGAAGAAAUCAAGGAGCUUCCUGAGGAGGUUCGUGUUGUGGAAACGAUUACUGAAGACGGUAAGCCGACAAAGAAGAAGAUCCGCACACGUGUCAUCAAGAAGGUUAAGGGCGACAAGCAAGAAGUCACCAAGAUCGAAACCGUCGAAGAGGAUGACAAAGCACCCGAAACCACUGUCACAGUGGAAGAGAUUCCUGUGGAAGAAGAAACUCCGGAAGAAAUCAAGGAGCUUCCUGAGGAGGUUCGUGUUGUUGAAACGAUUACUGAAGACGGUAAGCCGACAAAGAAGAAGAUCCGCACACGUGUCAUCAAGAAGGUUAAGGGCGACAAGCAAGAAGUCACCAAGAUCGAAACCGUCGAAGAGGAUGACAAAGCACCCGAAACCACUGUCACAGUGGAAGAGAUUCCUGUGGAAGAAGAAACUCCGGAAGAAAUCAAGGAGCUUCCUGAGGAGGUUCGUGUUGUUGAAACGAUUACUGAAGACGGUAAGCCGACAAAGAAGAAGAUCCGCACACGUGUCAUCAAGAAGGUUAAGGGCGACAAGCAAGAAGUCACCAAGAUCGAAACCGUCGAAGAGGAUGACAAAGCACCCGAAACCACUGUCACAGUGGAAGAGAUUCCUGUGGAAGAAGAAACUCCGGAAGAAAUCAAGGAGCUUCCUGAGGAGGUUCGUGUUGUUGAAACGAUUACUGAAGACGGUAAGCCGACAAAGAAGAAGAUCCGCACACGUGUCAUCAAGAAGGUUAAGGGCGACAAGCAAGAAGUCACCAAGAUCGAAACCGUCGAAGAGGAUGACAAAGCACCCGAAACCACUGUCACAGUGGAAGAGAUUCCUGUGGAAGAAGAAACUCCGGAAGAAAUCAAGGAGCUUCCUGAGGAGGUUCGUGUUGUGGAAACGAUUACUGAAGACGGUAAGCCGACAAAGAAGAAGAUCCGCACACGUGUCAUCAAGAAGGUUAAGGGCGACAAGCAAGAAGUCACCAAGAUCGAAACCGUCGAAGAGGAUGACAAAGCACCCGAAACCACUGUCACAGUGGAAGAGAUUCCUGUGGAAGAAGAAACUCCGGAAGAAAUCAAGGAGCUUCCUGAGGAGGUUCGUGUUGUGGAAACGAUUACUGAAGACGGUAAGCCGACAAAGAAGAAGAUCCGCACACGUGUCAUCAAAAAGGUUAAGGGCGACAAGCAAGAAGUCACCAAGAUCGAAACCGUCGAAGAGGAUGACAAAGCACCCGAAACCACUGUCACAGUGGAAGAGAUUCCUGUGGAAGAAGAAACUCCGGAAGAAAUCAAGGAGCUUCCUGAGGAGGUUCGUGUUGUUGAAACGAUUACUGAAGACGGUAAGCCGACGAAGAAGAAGAUCCGCACACGUGUUAUCAAGAAGGUUAAGGGCGACAAGCAAGAAAUCACCAAGAUCGAAACCGUCGAAGAGGAUGACAAAAAGCCCGAGACUACCAUUACUGUUGAAGAGUCUGACAUCAAGAGUCCCUUCGGUAAAAGUCUUAAUCUUAAAAAAAGGAUCGUUGUGCAUAAGCCUGAGGACGAUGUAUCCGUGUUCGAAUUACCUGAAAGAAAAUCCGUAAUUAUUUCUAAAAAACCUGAUGGCACUCCUACCAAAACGGUUAUUAAAACCAAAAUUAUCAAAAAAGUGCAAGGGUCUAAUAUGGAGGUCACCAAAGUUCAAACUGUUGAAGAAUAUGAAAAGCCAUCACAGACAACUGUAACAGUUGAGAACUUUGAAGCACCAUUCCCAGAGCUUCCCGAAGAAAAGAUAACAGAAAUUGUUGUUCUUCCGGAUGAAAUUAUUGAAUCAGAAACUAUUGAUGAAGAUGGUCAACAAAGAGUUACUAAAUCUAAAAAGCGUAUCAUAAAGAAGCCAAAGGAUGAGUUUAAGGAAGAAGUGACGGAAAUUGAUAUUAGGGAACAAGAAUCAGGGGAACCCAUCUAUACCAUAACUAUCAAUGAACUUCCAAUAACCGAGCCCACUCACACCGAUAAUACGUCGGUAGAGUUACCAGAACAAGUAGCUGAAAUAGAGGUUACCUCCCCCGAUGGGACGAAAAAGAAGAAAACUGUUAAGACACGCGCGUUUAAAAAGAAUAUUGAUGAUAAUCUUGAUGAAGUCACUACAGUUAAUACUAUUGAAGAGGAAAACAUGGAACCAAUGACUACGGUGCACGUUGAAAUUGUUCCAAUCGACCAAACUUCGACUUUGCCAAUUCCAAUUGAAGAGCUACCAGAAGAAACUGUUAUUGAAGAAGUUUCGGAAGAUAAGAAACCUAGGAAGAAGAAAACCAAAACACGAACAUUUAAAAAACAAGGUCCCGAGGAAGAUGAAUACUAUCAAAUUCAGACUAUCGAAGAAGAAGGCAAAGAGCCGUACUCACUUGUACGAGUUGUAAGUGAUGAGAACAUUGCUGACAUUAUUGACAUCAGUAAACUUGAUGAUGAACAACUUCCCAAACACAAAAAACAAAAGCCACACAAACAGAAGGCGGAGAAACCAGAACACACUGAAACGGAACACCCAGUAUACAUAACAACAUUUAAAUCUGUACAAAACGAAGAUGGAGAAACAACUAUUCAAACAGAAAAUAAAAGAAUUUCUCAGGAGGAAGGCAUCGUUGUUGAGGAAGUACUCAGUGACACUGAACCCAUUUUGGAAGACACUACACAAUCAAAUAUUGAAAUUACUGAAGUCAGCGAGCCUACAGACCAAUACAACAAAGAGUACACUAUCACAGAACCCGAAGAUGUAAGUGCAGACAACAUCAUACAUACACCGGCCAAAGAUAAAAAGCCCAAACAGAAAAAGACACAACCAAAUCAAUUCGAACAGAUCGACGAGACUGUAGAAGUAGUAGAAGGGGAUAUAGGGGAGCCAAAAGACAGUAUCAAAAAGAAACUUAAGGUUAAGGUUGAUCAAGACAAAUUAGUUGAUGAUGUGAUUGAAACUGUUGCUAAGAAAGAUAAACCUAAAAAGAAGAAGGUGGUUAAAUCUAAGAAGGAUGAAAUGGAUGAAUAUAUUCAAUUCCUUAUACAACAGGAGAUUCCCAAAACAGUUUUGAGCCCAUAUGUACGUACGGAAAUGGAACUUCCUCAGAGGGCGCGACGCGAUUCUUCUAUUAAGCCAAUGAAGCUAACUGCAAUGAAAAUUGAGAAAAUCGAAGUUAAGAAACCUAAAUUGAUUGAAAUAAGCUCUGUGGCCGAGUUUCCCCAAAUGCUGAAACUCAAGACUCCAAAACAACGACCUCAGGAGGAGAAGAAACGAAGAUUAAGCGAAGCUUCAUUCAAAAAUAAGAAACUUAAGAGUUUGAUAAGAUUUAUACCUUACUCACCAUACUGCUUCCCUUACACAGUUAUUGAACUAGAAAAUAAUCGCGAUAACGGUGAACUUUCCCGCAAUAUAGAUGAGGCUGAAGAAGUCUUAAAAUUCAAACCAAAGAAAUUCAAGCAUACUAAGCCCGUAAAGGCUGAAUUGGAAGAGCCAAAUCUAGAAACUAUCGAUGAUGAAACCCAACCGAAGGAUGAGGAAGAGGUGAAACCUAAGUACAAACGUUCAAAGAAAAACAAAGAAUUAACUGAAGAUGAGCAUAGAAAACUGAAAAUCGGAAAGGGCAAAAUUCCACAAAAUGUUGAGGAUAUGGAAACCGUUGAGCUUAAGCCGGUCAAAUUCGAUAACGAAGGCGAAGAAAUAAGUGAGAAACCCAAGAAGACCACUGAAGAAAAGGAAAGGAAAAAGAAGCCAAAGAAACCUAAAGAUUCAGACGACAUACUUGGCUUCGAACCAUUUGUGAUUGAAGAUGACAAGGAACAGGAUGAUGAAAAACCAUUCUUAAAAUAUGAAGUGAUUGAAUUGGAGUCAGAGGAAAAGCCAGAGGAGCAAGAAGAUGGGAGUGUGGUAACUGCAAAAGAACCUAAAAAGAAGCGUAAGCUAAAGGUUAAAACGGAACGUGAAGAGAAUCUCGUCGAAAUUGUCGAAAUUUCUCCAACUGAUACAGACGAUAAGAUUUACGAAGUGACCGUAACUUGUUCAGAAACUGACGACAAUCAACCAAAAGAAAAGAAAAUACUUAAAAAGAAAGUGAAACGUAUGAAUAAAGAAGAAUUGGAUGAAUUUGUAGCUGAACUUAAAGAAGAACCUGAACAAAACGUCUAUGAAACGACGAUGAGCGAUUUCUACGAGGUUAAGUUGACUGAACUGCAACCUGAAGUGACACCCACUGAUAAGCCUUCUGAAAAAACUAAAAAGCGAAGACUUCUUCAUAAGAGAGGAGAUGAUGAGGAAAUUUUGGAAAUUGCCGAGACUGUUGUUGCACCUGGAGAGGAGGCACUUUGUGAAGUAACUAUAAGAUCGAUAGAGCAAGAGGAUACCAUAGAUACUGAAAAGCCAACAGAGAAGCCUAAAGCGAAAACAAGGAAAAUGAAGAAAGACGACCUGGAUGCUUAUAUACAACAGCUGAUAAAUGCAGAAAUUCCAAUUACUGAGCUUGAGAAAUAUGAAAAAACUGAUAUAGAUGCCAAGCCAAAGAAACCCAAGAAGAAAAAGAUUAAGCCAGUGGAACCAACUUUCGUUGAAGGUGAAGCUUUUGAAGUUGGUAUCAGUCAGCAAGAGCCGACUAAGAAACCAAAGGCUAAGAAACUUAAACCUGAACCCCAAGUAAAAGAGGAACUCAAAGUCGAACCAGAAAGUGUUCCAGAAUAUGAUGAAUUCACAAUAAGCACUAUUGACUCACAGACUCAGCCGAAGGAAGUUGUAAAAAUAACAGAUGAGGAAAUACCGCUAAAUGUAGAUGACAUAGUGAUGGAUUUGAAUGAAACUCUGCCAAUAGUUAUAUUAGAGGAAUAUACCGAAGAAAUUCCUGAAGAAUUUAUAGAAGUUGAUCAAACUGAAAAGAAAAUUACCAAAAAGCGUAAGGUGAAAACUAGAAAGGGAUCGAAGCAGUAUGAAAUCCAAAUUGUGGAAACUGAAAGACCAGAAGAUGAGGACGAUGAAGCAAAGGUUAUAGUUAUAACAACUGAAAUAGUGGAGGAUAGUCCCAAUAUACUGGAUCGGGAAGAACCACAAGCUCCCAAGAAAACUGUUAGGAAAGUGAAGAAGGAUAAGCUUAAAGAAUACAUUGUUAGUGUGAUUGAAGAAGCACCAACAGAACUUCUCGCAAAACUUUCCGAAGAAGUAUCUGAAGUGACAGAAGUAGAAUCUGCGGUUGUUGAUGAUAUUACAAGUUUCAGAACUACAGUUGUUGAUGAUAUAACGGAUUUCGACGUGAAACCAGAAGAAGAAGAGAUUGAGAGCUCGAUAAGCUUGCCAAAGGACAAGAAGAAGAAGUUACCUAAGCCGAAAAAAGUAAAUGUAAUUGAAGAUCAGCCGUUGGAAAGCAAACAAGACGCUCAACAAGUAGAAUAUACUGACGAGGACGUUGAAAUACCCGCUGUUCUAUCACAUGAUGAGUAUUCAUUUGAAGUUACUGAAAGUGUACCCAAAACUAAGAAAACGCCAGCAAAGAAACAGCCCAAGAAACCACAAUCUGUUCCGAUUUCUGAACAAGUGAUUCGUGUUGAGGAAAUGGCACCAGAAACAAUUACUGAACAACUUAUUAAUGAGGAUGGAGAGGAAGUGGAAAGAGUAACAUCAAAGCGAAAGCUUAAAAAGAAGGUUGGACCAAAAGAAUAUCUAAUUGAAGUCAUUGAGACUUACGAAGAAAACCAGCCCGACGCAGAAUUAGUUAUUCAGACUACAGAAAUCACUCCAGAGCCGGAGUUCGAGUCUCCUAAAGAUCACAAAAUAAAAAUUGUCAAACAGAAGAAGCCCAAAAAUGAGGGUUUGGAUAGUUAUAUUCAAAAGUUAAUAGAAGAAGAAAUUCCGAAAGCAGAACUUGAGACUUACGAAACAACUGUAAUGGAAUCAACCCCUGAUACGAAGAAACCUAAGAAGAUAAGGAAGCAUCACAAGAAAACCACUGAAAUAGUCGAUGGUGUGCCACAAAUUGUGCAUGAAUUCACCAUACAAGAGUUCGAGCCAGAAGAAACAGAACAACUUCCAGAAUUCGUUACGAAAGUCGAGGAAGAGGACACCAAAGAACCGUUAGAAGAUUUCAAAAUAAAGGUGGAAGAAGAAAAAGAAAAGCCUAAGCCAAAACCGAAGAAAGAAAAGAAAUCUAAGGUGAAGGUGAUCGAACAGGAACCAGUCAGUAUUCAAGAUAUUGAGGAGACUGUAAAGGUCACAGAGGAAAUUGCAGAGGAUGGCACAACCAAAGAGGUUCAAGUGAAAAAGCGUAAGAUCGUGCGAAAGCAGGGUCCAAAGGAGCAAGUUUUUGAAAUAACAGAGACUAUUAGCAAUGACGAGCCCUUGGCUGAAGUAACAAUCGUUGAGGUUACAGAAAGGGAAGAACCGGAGGAGACAGUUGACGUAACUCAAAAACCGAAAGCACCAAUCAAAAAACAAAAGAAGCUUAAGCGCGAAGAAGUUGAGAGCUACGUUAUCAGCAUUGUAGAAGAGUUUUCUGCACCUUUGGAAGAAGAGAAACUGGCAGAGGUGAUCGAAGAUGAAGAAGCUCCUAAAGUUCUUAAAACAAAAACUGUUAAGCAUAAGAAACCUGGCAAGGUACCAAUGGAUCACACGAUUCGUAUUGAAGAACUUGCUCCAGAAACCAUAAUCGAAGAUAUUGUAAAUGAAGAUGGAGAAGAUGUUAAACAGGUUAAAACAAUUAAAAAGCUUAAGAAGAAGGAAGGUCCAAAGGAGUAUUUGAUUGAGGUAACCGAAACCUAUCAAGAAAAUAAACCAGAGGCUGAUAUAGAAUUUACAACCAUUGAAUUAACUUCAGAAGAUAUUCCAACGGAAGAAGGUGAACAACCCGUUAAGGUAAUACAAAAGGUGAAGAAGAAGAAGGCGGUUAAAGACGAUUUAGAUAAAUACAUACAAGAGCUUAUUGAACAGGAAAUCACAAAAACAGAUCUUGAGCAAUAUGAGCCAACGGAAAUGGAAUCGAAACCCAAACAGCCUAAGAAAAAGGUCAAACAUCAUCACAAAAAGAGUGUGGAAAUCAUUGAUGGACUCUCUGUAACUGUACAUGAGUUUGAUGUUUCGGAAGUGGAGCCUGAGAUUGUAGAGGAAGAACCGCUGCCUAUAUUAGAAAAAACUGAAUCUUUCCCAUCACUUCCCGAAGAGCCUAGCAAGUACUUAGUAAACGUUUUUGACGAAAUUGUAGAGCCUACACAAUAUACAGAAGAAAUUGAUGAGACACCGACAAAACCAACUACGAAAGAAAAGACGCCCAAAAAGAAAAAGGUAGAGAAAACUCCCAUUGUUUUUGAUGAAGUCGAUGAAACGACUGAAAUUGUGCAACAACCGACAGAAGAUGGUACUGUGAAGGGCGUUACUGUAAAGAAACGUAAGGUUAAGCAUAGGCAGGGCUCCCAACAAUUUGUCUUUGAGAUAACUGAAACUACUAGCGAGGAUCAGCCGUUGGCAGAAAUUACAGUCGUAGAAUUAACAGAGCACAAACCUUUCAUAUCUGAAGAACAGCCCAUUGUUGAGCAAAAAACAAUCAAGAAACCAAAGAAGCUUAAAAAAGAUGACAUUGAGCAAUAUAUCAUCAAUGUUAUCGAUGAAUUUGUUCAAGAAUCACCAGUCGAAACUAUCGAGGAUGAAAUAAAGGAUACUAGGGAAGAUGUUCCAAAGAAACCAAGAAAAUCUCCCAAGCAAUAUAAAAUCAGUGAACAUGAAGAGCUAGAGCAAGCUAGACCCGAAACGGAAGAAGUUGCUCCUGAUGUGCUGGAAGAAUCAAUUGGCGAAAGUUUGGACGAAUAUCCUGAUUUCACGAUUAAUAUUAAAGAAGACAUCACAACCGAAGAAAAGAAACCAAAGAAAUCGAAGAAUCAACCAAAAGCAAAGGCAGUCAAGGAAUCUGAGCAACCCGAAUAUGAAGACUAUCUGAUAAAGGUAUCAUCUACAGAGGAAGUUGAAAGAAUCGAGUCACCAGAGCGCGAAUCCGUUGUAUCACAACCGGAAGAGUUACAGCCCACUGAGGAACCAAUUUUCCAUGUAGAAGAAAUUGAAUCUAAAACUGAUUUGACUGAGGAAAAAGAUGACAAGGGCGAAACUACGCAAAAGGUGGUUACUAAGAGAAAAAUCAAAAAGCAAAUUGGUCCAAAGGAAGAAAUAAUAGAGAUUGUCGAGACUGUAAAGGAUGGCUUGCCAGAAUUCGAAGUAACAAUUAUUACUGAGGAACCCAAGAAUGAAGUCGAUGAAAUUGUCCAAGAAGAAAAGCCAAAGAAGGUGAAAAAGACUAAGAAGGUUCCCAAGGACGAUUUGCAUGAUUAUAUACAAAAGCUUAUAGAGCAGGAUAUUCCAAAAUCUGAGCUGGAAAAAUACGAAAAGAUAGAUUUUGAUGAGCCUGUAAAAAUGAAGAAGAAGCCAGUGAAAAAAGUAAAGAUCACAGAAGAACAACCAGAAAAAACCUCUGAAAAACCAAUUGUUGAAAUGCGCAAGGACAAAACAAAACCAUCAGAAAGUCCUGUAGAGGAAUCCCAAUUAAAGAUCACAGUCAAAGAAUUCGCACCUGAAAAACCAAAAGAAACUGCGUUUGAAAUUACAGUUCUUGAGGAGUUUGUCGAAAGUAAACCUAUGCCAGAUGAGAAUGGUGAAAUUAAAAUUAAGGAAGUGAAAACAAAGAAAAUAAAACAGAAGAAGGGACCUGCAGAAGUAAUUCAUGAAAUAACUGAGGUCACAGAUAUAGAUACGGGCGAAUCUGAGAUUACAAUAGUUUCUUCCAGUCCAAACGAAGCCGAAGAUCAGGAAAAACCAGUUAAGAAAGAAAAGCGAGUUAAAAAGAUUAAAAAGGACGAUGUCGACGAAUUUAUUCAAACAGUUAUUGAGGAAGAUGCGCCGAAAGAGACAGAAGAUGUUGUUGAUAUAACUGAAGACACAACUCCCAAGCAACCCAUAACAAAGCCAAAGAAAAUCAAAAAGAAAGAAACAGAACCGAAAAAAGAAGAGGAGUUGCCAGUAGAUGAUACCAAAAAGAUCGUUGAAAGUGAACCGGCAGAAGCAGCAAUCACAGAAGAUGUCGUUCAAAUAGAGGACAUAGUUCCCAGUGAAGAAAGCCCUGAAGAGGGAACUAAAGAGCCUGAAGAAGUAAAAACUCCCCAGAAGAAAAAGAAGCCUUUGAAGGAAAAAGUUAAAGUUGUUGAAGAACAACCAGACGAAGAUACUCUUGACAAGCCUUUGAAUGUUGUAGAAAAAGAGAGUGAUGUUGAAAAGCCUGAUACUACAGAAUAUAGUGCUACUUUCACUGAAGAAGAAAUCAAGCCUGAGGAAAAACCGAAAAAGUUGUCAAAGAAGGUGAAGGAAACACCAACUCAACAAGAACAAUCAAAGUACGAAAUCUCAAUAACAGAAAGCAUCAAGGAACCCGAAGACACUCUUCCAUUAAAUGUGGAAGUUAUCGAAAGUGAAACGAAAACAGAAGAAAUUACAGACGAUGCCGGUGAAAUUCACAAGGUGGUUACAACAAAACGAAAGAUAAAGCGUCCAAAGGGUGAAACUGAUGAAGCUAUUGAAAUUAUUGAAGUCGUUACCGAUGACCAACCAGAUGCGGUGGUUACAAUUGCAGAAUACGAGCCAGAACAGCCCGAACAAAAGGAUGGAAAACCUAAAGAGCCUAAGAAGAAAACAAAGAAAAUUAAAAAAGAUGAUAUUCACGACUAUAUUCAAAAGCUCAUAGACAUGGAAACUCCUAAAACUGAGCUAGAGAAAUAUGAGAAAAUUGAGUUUGAGUCGUUACCUAAGGAUAAACCGACUAAAACUAUGGAAAUUAGUAUAGCCGAAGACAGUCCCACUGAAAAACCAAAGAAGGACAAAAAAUUAAAGCCUAAAGAAUGGCCUAAAGAUGAAGAAUCAUUGUCGGAGCCACUCGCUGAAGUAAAGAUCAUUGAGGAAGAAGCACCUGAGCAGAUUGCGGUUGUGGAAGUGGUUGAAGUACAACCCGAAGAAGUCGAAAUCAAGGAAAAACUUACCGAAGAAGGACUUCCAGUACAGGAGAAAACAACUAAGAGAGUCUUGAAAAAGAAGGGACCCCAAGAAGACACCACUUACAAAAUUACAACAAUUGAAAGUGAAGAUAAUGAUUCUGUUACUGUCAUCGUCGACGAGGAACCAGAAGAAGCCCCAGUCGAAUUAACUGAAAGCCAACCAGAAGAGACAGAGGUUAAAACGUCCAAACAGAAACCAAAGAAAACUGUGAAGAAAAUAAAAAAGGAUGAUUUGGAUGAUUACGUUAAAAAAUUAAUAGAAGAAGAAAUACCAAAGACUGAAAUGGAAAAGUAUGAAAAGGUAGAAAUGCCGGAAAAACCAAAGCAACAGAAAGAAGUGCCAACAGAAACUGCUCCAGAAGAGGUAGAGGAAGAGCUUCAAGAUCUUGAGUCAACCAAACCGAAAAAGACCAAAACAGUUAAGCCAAAACCAGUUGACAAAAUCGAACAACGACCAGACGAACCAACAGAGACAAUAGUAGAAAAAACUGAAGACUUUACUGAAGACGUUACACCAAAACAAAUUGCACACCCCGAGGACACAGCCACAGCACAAAUUACACCAAGCGCACAAGAUGAGAUAUCUACUCAAGAUGACACUAAAGAUACAAUUCAGAAAACAGUUAAGCAUAAGAAAGCAAAGCCAGACACAGUUAAAAGCGUUGAAACAAGUGAAGCACCAGAGGCUCAUAAGGAUUAUCACAUAAGCGUAAUCGAUGAAGAGCCCAUUGAAAAAGAAGAGCAGCCCGACAAGAUAUUGGAAGUGAGAGUUAUCGAUGAAGUUGUGGAAGUCGAAGAAUCUCAGCCUAUCGUUGAAGAAGUCGAAGAGGAGGAAGAACAACCGACUGCAGAAACCGUUGGGGACGUCACAAAGCCAAAGAAGAAGAAGAUUGUCAAGAAGAAGACCAAUGAGCAUGAUGACAUUAUUCAAAAGUUGCUUGAACAAGAGAUUGAGAAAACUGAAUUGGAGAAAUACGAGAAAAUGGAGUUCGAUCUACCGAAGAAACUGAAACCAGAGUUUGCAAACCUUGAACCACAGAAAAUCGAGAGGACAGAACAUAAACCUACAAAGGUGACAAUUGUUGAUGCUGCAGAAGUUCCCAAGACUGUCAAGUUGAAGCCCGGCAAACGUAAGGAGAAGCCAACUGAAGAACAGUCUGUACAGCUUCCUAAAUUUAGGCUGAAGACACGCAUGACUAUGGUCGAAUAUCCGCCUGUACCUCUAAUGCCAAAAUUGACUGAAAUGGGUGCAGUUAAGGAAAAUGGUGAACUCUCUCGCAAUAUUGAGGAAGCCGAAGAGCUCCUUAAGUUCAAGCCCCGAAAGACAAAGAAAAUCAAGAAGAUUAAGGACGACUUGGAGAAAGUGGAGCUUGAGAAGUAUGAAAAAUACGUUAGCAGCGAAGAGGAAGCAGAAGAAAAGAAACCAUACCAGAAACCUGAAAAGGCACCAAAGAUGGAGGAAAGUCCUGAAGAUGUCAAACUCAAAAUUGGCAAGGGUAAAAAGAAACCCAAGGAGGAAGAGGCUCCAGAAAAUGUGACACUCAAGAAGAUACCACAGAAACCUUUGGAAAGUGAAGAGGUGGUUGAAAUGAAACCAAAAGAAAAAGAUGUUGUUGUCAUUGAAGAACAGUUAAAGCAGCCCAAGGAGCAGGAUAUUCAAGUUGAACCAUUUGAACCAACUGAUUACGAGCAUCCCGAAUAUAUUCCUGAGGAACUUGAACAAGUCGAGCAUCCGGAGAAGCCUGAGAAGCCAAAGAAGAAAGACAAAACAAAGUACAAGCCCAAGGAAAAAACGAAACCAGAACCGGAAACAAUUAUAUCCGAAAUAGUGCCUGGAAAGCCAAAAGAAACGGAGGAGAUCCCUGAACAAGAGGUUAAGUUCCGCAAACCUGAAAGUGAAGCUCCGGAAGAAACAGACUCUCAAAUUAAAUUGAAGCCUGUGAAGAAACCUGCUAAGGAAAAAUUAGAUGAAGAUGUUGUUGUCAAGCCAACAGUUGAGGAAUCUCAGCCUGAAGAAGAGAUAGUUCAGCCUGAGGAGGAAGUGAAGAAAUCCAAGAAAACAAAAUCUAAGCUCCCUCAGCAAAAGGAGGAAGAAACUACUGAAGAAAAACCAACAGAAUUUGAGAUUUCAGUUAAGGAAGAAGAAGUUGCUGUUACAAAACCUGUCGACGAGGCAAAGCCCAAGGAAGUUAAGGUUAAGCAAAAGAAACCGAAGGAGGUACCAACAGCUCAAAUUGAAGUAGUUGAGGAAGCUCCACAGCCUGUUGAAGUACCUGAAGAUAUUCCCGUAGAAUACAAAAUUACAACAACUGUGUUGGAGCCCGAGGAAGCUCCGAAAGAACACCAGGUCAGGGUUGUUGACUUUGACGAAAGAGAAGUAACUACUGAGGAAGUUGUGGAAGAAAAGGUUGUGACUCGAAAGAAGAAGCCAAAGCCUGAGCAACCUGAAGAAUUCGAAGUCACCCUACAGGAGCCAAAGGAAACACAACAAGAAGUGGAAGAAAUAAGUGCUGAAGUUACGAUUCCAGUUCAACAACCUGAACAACAACCACAAGAAUUUGAGGUUGAAUUGAAGUUAACUGAGCCUCAACCGCAAGAGCAAGAAGUCGUUGUGAAGAAGAAGUCUAAGAAGAAGCCUGUGGAAGAGGUUAAAGAAGUGGAACAGCAUAUGGUUAAAGAAGUGGAAGUUCAACCUGAUGUGAAGGAAGAAGAAGUUAUUGUUCAGCAAGAAGAAGAAGAAGUUAAAGAAGAGGAAAAACCGAAAUCAUUCGAAUUCCAAAUUAAAGAAACUGAGGCACCUGAAAAGAAACCAGAGGAGGUGAUUGAAGAAAAGCCAGUAGAAAAGGUGAAGAAACCGGCACCGAAACCAAUUGAAAAGCCUGAUUCUUACGAAAUUACUGUUAGUGAAUCUCAGGCAGAAAAGGUUAUUGAAGAAGUAGAACAGCCCGAAGAAAUUCCCGAGGAUGUAGUAUUUACCCCGAGACCAAAAGAACCUGAAACCUUUGAAGCAGAGUUUGUUAUGACGGAACCUAAACCUCAAGAAGUCACUGAGGUCGAAGCUGAAAUCAAGCCCAAGAAGACUAAGAAGCCAAAGAAGACUGAAGAGGCCGUUAGUCACGAUAUCAAGGUUGUUGAAGAGUCUUCUGUACCUGAAGAAGUGAUUGCUAAAACUCCACAAGCUGAUAUUGUUCAGAAGAAAACUGCCCCCAUUGAAGAAACUCCGGAUGAAUAUACCAUUCGGGUAUCGGAAACGGAAGCCGCACAGCCAGAUGAACCCAGUGUCGGACAAUUUACUGUCAAGAAAGAGAAGCCAACUCCGAUUUCCACUGAAGAGCCAGAGGCUGAGUUUGUUUUGAAAGAAAGCAAGCCCGUUGAAGAAGUUACCGAAGUAGCAGAAAUCAAGACAAAGAAACCCAAAAAGAAGGUUAAGGAAGUCGACGCAGAAGAAUUGAAGAUUAAGAUCUCAGAAGAAACUCCUGAAGAGGUUCCACUAGUCCAGGAAAUUGAAGAAGUUGUAACAGAAAUAAAGGAAGAAGCUCCUGUUGAAUACAAAUCAUAUGAGAUUGGCGUGAAAGAAACGGUUCCUGAAAAGCCUGUUGCACCCGUAGAAGAGACAACGGUGGAGGAACCAAUUAUUGAAGAGCCACAGCCUGAAACCUAUGAAGAACUUAAAGUGAGAGUGAUUGAAGAAACUCCUCGUGAAAUAGUCGAAGAAGUUGUGGAGGAAGACGUUAAGGUUAUUCGUAAGAAGAAACCCAAGCCAGUAGUUUCAGAAGAACCCGAGGCUCAAGUAAGCUUUACCGCUCCAAAGCCUGUUGAUGAGGUUGAGACGGAAGAAAGCAUUACUAUCGUCCCAGAGAUUCCUGAAGAAGAGGAAGCUGCCGAGCUCAAGAUAACAGUAAUUGAUGAAGUCUCGCAACCUCAAGAACUUGUUCAGGAAAUAGAAGAAAUCGAUUUUGUGGAGGAGGAAGAGAAGCCCGCUGACUUUAAGUUUAGAAUUAAAGAGACUGAGGCACCAAAGGAAACAAUCGAAGAAUUGCCCGAAGAACAAGUUACCAUCAAGAAGAAGAAGAAGACUCCGGAGCAACAGACUGUGGAAGAACCAGAGGCAGUUUUCGAAAUAAAACCCAAACAACCAGUCCAGGAAGUUUCUGAAGAAGCCAAAAUCAAAAAGAAGCCAAAGAAACCUGUAAAGGAAGAUGAAGCUGCUGCAGAGCUCAAAGUAACCAUCACCGAAGAAGCAGCACCUGUACCAGAUGUAAUAGAAAUUGUGGAAGAAGUCGAAGAGAUACCAGAAGAAAAACCAGCAGAGAAACCCGAAGAGAAGCCAGCUGAAUACAAGUUCAAGGUCACUGAAACUCAACCGGAAGUUCCAGAAGCACCGGAAGAGCAGGAAGUAACUCUGCCGAGGAAAACACCACAGCCCGUUCCAGUGACUGAGGAGCCUGAAGCUGAAGUCACUCUGAAACCCAAGCCAAAGGUUGAAGAAGUCAAGGAAGAAGCGAAAAUAGUGAAAAAGAAACCCAAAAAGCAAGUGGUGGAAGACGCAGCUGAAGAAUUGACCGUCAAGGUUGAAGAAGAAACUAUUUCAGAGCCCAUAAUUGUUGAGGAAGAAGUUGUUGAAGAGGUUGAAAUUAAGAAACCCGAAAAACCAACACCUGAAGAAGAAGUAGUAGAUGCUGCUGUAUUUAAGCUGAAGAAGCCAGAAGAACCUAAGGAAGAGGAAGUGGCUGCUGAGGUUACUCUGAAGCCAAAGGUGCCCAAGAAGGUGCAGGAUGAAGAAUUCUCUGUUGAUGUCAAACUGCCGAAGGAUAAGAAGGUUUCCGAAGAAACGUCUAAUGAAACUGUACAGCUGAAGAAGAAGAAAAAGCCACAGAAGCCUGUGGAAGAAGCUGCCGAUGAACUACAACUUCAACAAACUGUGAUUGAAGAAAGACCCGUUGAGAUCGAAGAGGAAGAGAUUAUUGAAGAGGCUGUUGUAAUGCGCAAGAAGCCAAAGAAACCUUUCGAGCCAACCGUUGAGGAUCUGGAAGAAACGGAAUUCAGUCUUUCAUUCAAGAAACCACAUACAAUUACCGAAGGAGUCGAAGAAGCAGCUACAGUUCUUAAGAAGCGUCCCGUUAAGCCUACAACGCAUGACGAAGCUGCCGCAGAAUUGUCAAUUAAGCGCCUGGAAGAAGAAUACGAAGAAGGCGAUGAUGUUGAAGAAUUCGUGGUUAGUCAGCGGCCAAAACCGAAACCGUUGCAAGUUACCGACGAAGAUGAUCAAGAAUACACGAUCAAGAAACUGAAGCGUCGCAAGAAGGUUGAUAUUCCAGAAUUCUCUGAUGUUGAGAACGUUACUUUCCGCGCAAAGUCCACAAAGACCAAAGAGGAUGUGGAUCAAGAGUUCAAUAUUGCUUUAGAUGACUACGCCGAAGAGGAGGUAUCAAUGUCUGGCAAGGUCAAGUUGAAGAAACCAAUUAAGAAGACAUACUCUGAGGCCGCUGAGGAGGCGAAGAUUAAAAUUAUACAAGACUAUGAUGAUGGUGAGGGUCCAAUUAUUGAAGAGAUACGCGAUGACGAGGAUACCAUAGACGAAGUCGAGGAACCAGAAGAAUACAUGGUGGAAGAAUUGCCUCCAGAUGAGGUUGACUUCAAGCUGAAGCCGAAAAAACAACCCAAGCCAAGUUACUCUGUUCAGGACGAAGAGGAAGAACAGUUCCUGAUUGGCAUUCGUCAUCCCAAGCGUGAUUCAGUGACGUACGACGAAGAUUCUCUGACAUUCAAAAAGAAGCGUAAAGUCAUUCAACAACUCUUUAAUGAAGAUGGCGCUUCUCUUAACAUUACCAGAGAAAUGGAUGUGGAAGAAUCCAACACCGAGAACGUUAUGUAUUCGAUCUGCAAUUACAUUGCUGACAACGAUGAGGCCAUCAAUUUAGUUGAGGGUGAGAAGGUUCUGGUCAUUGGACGUCACAGUUCCGAAUGGUGGUACGUCAAGAAGAGCAUCACAGAAGAGGAGGGCUGGGUGCCGGCACAAUAUCUAAUGGAAUCCGAGGAAUAUGCACAAUAUGUGCAGAAUAAGUUGCAUGAGAAGAUCGAUAAACUGCCAGUCUUUGAACGACCCGGCCCUGAAGAUAAACCGAUUGCGCCGCGUUUCAUUGAGAAACUGCAACCGAUUCAUACACCCGACGGUUAUACCGUACAGUUUGAAUGCAAGGUCGAGGGAAAUCCAAGACCGCAAAUUGCCUGGUUCCGUGAAACGGCCAUCAUAAAACCCUCACAGGACUUCCAAAUGUUCUACGAUGAUGACAACGUGGCCACAUUAAUCAUUCGUGAAGUUUUCCCUGAAGAUGCUGGCAAAUUCACCUGUGUGGCAAAGAAUGCCGCUGGCUUUACGUCAACCACAACCGAGUUGAUUGUGGAGAGUCCAUUGUCCGAUCAUGGCUCAGAUGCCACGGCCUUGUCACGCAGAAGCAUGUCGAGGGAAUCCUCCCUGGCCGAUAUCCUUGAGGGAAUACCGCCAACGUUCUCACGUAAACCCAAAGCUCAAUAUGUCGAUGAAGGCAGUAAUGUGAUUUUGGAAUGCCGUCUUGUUGCGGUACCGGAGCCAGAGAUUGUCUGGACCUUCAAUGGCGAAGACAUCGAUGAGGAGGAGAGUAAAAAUAUACGUAUUGUCACCGAAUCGGAUAUGCACAUGUAUUGCAGUGUUGUCCAUAUUACCAAGGUUAAGAAAUCCCAGCAGGGCACCUACGAAGUCAUUGCCACAAAUCGUGAGGGUGAAUCUCGUUUGCCCAUCACCUUGAAGGUGCGCACCUCCGAAAAGGAAGCUCCUCAAAUUCUGGAACCACUGCGAAAUAUGGUAAUACGUGAGGGUGAAAGUGUUAUGCUAUCCACACAAAUUGUGGGCAAUCCACCGCCAAAGGUAACGUGGUACAAGGAUGGCAAGCCCAUUAAGAAUGCCAAGUCUGAUAAGGACACUCACACUCUAACCCUGAUCACCCCCAAGAAAUCGGAGAAGGGAGAGUACACCGUCAAGGCGGUCAAUCCAUUGGGCAGUGUAGAAACCUCUGCUAAUCUCACAAUUGAAGAACCGACCAGCGGCAAUGCGGAGCCUCCACUAUUUGUGGAACGGUUCGAGGAGCAAUCGGUGCCACAAAAGGGCGAGAUUCGAUUGCCAGCCAAGGUUUCGGGCAAUCCAGUUCCCGAGGUUCAGUGGCUCUUCAACAACAGUCCCUUGUUCCCCAGCGAACGAGUGCAGCAAGUCUAUGAUGGUGAAAAUAUUGAGCUCAUCAUACAGAAUGCGAAUCCCGAAACAGAUUCGGGAGACUACAAAUGUAUUGCCAGUAAUCCUAUUGGUAAAACAUCUCACGGUGCUCGUGUCAUUGUUGAGGUUGAUGAGGUGACCUUCACCAAGAAGCUGAAGAAGACAAUCACAAUUGAAGAGGUGCAAUCCUUGACACUGGAAUGUGAAACUUCGCAUGUGGUGACAACCAAAUGGUUCUUCAAUGGCAAGGAAUUAAGUGGCAUGGAUCAUCGUGUGGUGGUCGAGGAUGGCAAGACACACAAGUUGGUGAUAAGAAAUACAAAUCUACGUGAUUCUGGCACCUAUGUGUGCAAGGUGAAGAAACAGGAGACCCAAUCAACUGUAGAGGUUCUUCAGCGUAAGCCUGACUUCAUCAAGGUGCUGGAAGACUAUGAGGUUACUGAAAAGGACACGGCCAUUCUGGAUGUCGAGCUGACAACGGAAGCAACUGAAGUCACUUGGUUCAAGGAUGGUGAGAAGAUUACACCCGAAAACAAGAACUGUGAGUUUAUCAAGGAUGGCAAAUCACGGCGUCUUGUUAUAAGGGAUACAACGAUACACGAUGAGGGAGAAUACACCUGUAAAAUAGAGGGACAAGAGUGCAGUGCCGAGUUGACAGUCAUUGAAUUGCCACCAGAGAUUGUGAAACCCUUGGAAGACGUUUCUGUAACCAAGGGAGAAAAUGCUACAUUCGAGAUUGAGUUGAGCAAGGGAGAUGCCUUGGUUAAAUGGUUCAAGAACGGCAAGGAAAUCAAGUUCAAUGAACGUGUUCAACUCACAAUUGAUGGCAAGAAGCAAUCGCUGCGUAUUAACAAAGCCAAACCUGAAGAUGUGGGCGAAUUUUCCAUACAGGUGGGAGAACAAACCUCCAAGGCCAAACUGACGGUUGAGGAGCCUUUGGUGGACUUUAUACUGCGUCUACCGGAUGUCACAUUGGCCACCAAGUCUACAGAUGCGGAAUUCACCGUUGAGCUCUCGCAACCGGAUGUUGAGGUCACCUGGUGCAAAAAGGGCAAACCCAUUAAGCCAAAUCCGAAGCAUGAGGUCUUUGUUGAGGGAACUGUAAGACGUCUGGUCAUCCAUGAUGCCAGUGACGAGGAUGCGGGUGAGAUCAGCUGCAUUGCCGAAAAUGUCACAAGCAGCACAAAACUGUGCGUUGAGGAGCUGAAAUUGCCACCCGUAAUUACCUCUGACAAGGAUCAAACCAUCAAGGUUAAGGAGAACGAGGAUGUCACCUUCACUGUCAAGUACACCGGUGUCCCAAAUCCCGAUGCCGAAUGGACAACGCGCAACGUUGUCAUUCCCAAGACGAAGCGCACAAUCCCCACCAUCGAUGAACAGUCCGCAACUCUGACCAUUAAAAAGGUUGUCGACGAUGACGAGGGCGAGUACACCGUCAAACUUGUCAAUCCCGUGGGCGAGGCCGAGGCCAGCUUACACUUGCUCAUUAUGCGCAAACCCACGGCACCUGGAACUCCACAACCUCUGGAGGUGAUGCACGAUUCGAUAACCUUAUAUUGGAAGGCGCCCGAAGAUGAUGGCAAGUCGGAAAUUAUCGAAUACAUUCUGGAGUAUCAUGAUGUUAAGGAAGAAAAAUGGACUGAAAUACGCAAGAUUAAGGAUACAACUUAUACGAUUAGCAAGCUGAAGAUUGAUACGGAAUAUGUGUUCCGUUCGAUAGCGGUUAAUGAAGUCGGUCCCUCACCGCCCUCGCCUAUUUCACCGCCCAUAAGACUCGUGCCCAAGGUGGAAACUGAAGCUCCCAGUGUUAGAGAACCUCUGCAGGAUAUUGUCAGUGAACUGAAUAAGGAAGUCACCUUGUCCUGUGUCUUUGGCGGCAUUCCAGAGCCAAGUGUUACAUGGAAAAAGAAUGGCAAAAUCUUCGAAUCGAGUAGCAUACGCUAUGAGAAUCGUGUUGCCAAAUACAUAAUUGAAAAGACAACCAUUGAGACUGAAGCCACCUACACAUGUGUGGCGACAAAUGAGAAGGGCUCCGUUGAGACAUCGUGUAGACUCAUGCUGCAGCAGAAGCCCCACAUUGAGAUCGAGGACAAAUAUCUAUCCCAGAAACUUCGAACUGGCAGCACACUCACCAUUCCAACAACAGUUCGUGGUUAUCCACAGCCAACUGUCACCUGGCACAAGGAAACCGUCGAGCAAAAGUCCACUAAGGAAAUUACCAUCGAAACCACCGAGACUAGCUCCACAUAUACUGUUAAGAAGAUAACACGCGAACACUCUGGACGCUACAAGGUAACUGCUUCGAAUAUAUCGGGUUCGACGCACGUAGAGUGCACGGUUCAGGUGAUCGACAAACCGAGCAGACCGCAAUCCUUGGAGGUUAAGGACAUUAAGAAGGACUCAAUUAUCUUGGAAUGGACGCCACCAAUUGACGAUGGUGGCAUGGACAUUAGCAAAUAUACCUUGGAAAAGUGCGAUAUUCAGAACAAUGUGUGGAUGAAGGUCUCUGAUUUCGAUAAGGAAAUCAACUCGUAUGCCAUUCAAAAGCUUUCCAUGAAUGCCCAAUAUAUGUUCCGAGUUGUGGCCAUUAAUCCAAUUGGCGAAUCCGAACCGACGGAGAGUGAGCCAGUCACAAUAACCAAGAAGUUUGAGAAACCAACACCACCGCGUGGUCCCACCGCCGUGUCGGGCAUGAAUGACACAUCAUUCACACUCUCCUGGGAGCCAUCGGAGAGCGACGGCGGUUCCAAAAUAAUCGAGUACAUUGUGGAAAUGCGGGAAGAGAGUGAGACCGUUUAUCGCUCGGUGGGCACGACGACGGGCACUGUGACGAACAUACACGUCGAGAGGGUUGUGCGAAACAAGGGGUAUCUAUUCAGGAUAUACGCCCGCAACGAGGUUGGCACAAGCGAGGCAUUCGAAUCUACGGAGAAGAUUGUCGUCGGACGCAAGAUAACUCCUCCAUCGCCACCUCAGAAUCUGAGAGCGCCGGAUGUGACUGGACGCAGUGUUACCCUGGAUUGGGAGGUACCAGCCAGAAAUGGCGGUUCAGAAAUUACAGGCUAUUGCGUGGAGAAGAAAUCUUCGACAUCAACGAGCUGGACAAAGGUAAUUACACUGGAUGCCCAUCAGCUGCACUAUACUAUAGACAAUCUGAAGGAGAAGUGUGAAUAUUGGUUCCGUGUCUCGGCUGAGAAUGAGGCUGGUUUAGGUGCAGCAGCCGUCACCGAAAGCAUCUCGCUAAAGACACAUGCAAGUAAGUUGAUAAUCCUUAGAUUCAAUUGUCAAUCUGUACUUAUAUUUGUAUAUGUUCUGUAUAUCAAAGCUGUACCUUCGCCACCAACUGCUCCACUGGAGGCGCGAGUUAUCGCGGCCAAUGCUCAUGUAUUUGAAUGGGGUAUUCCCGAGUCGGAUGGAGGUGCACCAUUGCUCGGUUAUCACAUUGCCAUACGUGACAUGAAGAAGUCCAUGUGGAUUGAGGUUGGACGUGUGCCAGCUGGUGUGCAGAAAUUCCAGAUACGAGAUCUGCAAGAAAAUCACGAGUAUAUGAUACGCAUAUUUGCCAAGAAUGAAAUUGGUUUGAGUGAACCUCUGGAAUCAGAGGAACCCUACAAAGUCAUGACAGCGGGUCACGCCAGUCUGCCGGAUGAGCCGCGUACAGAGAUGAGCACAUGCAACACAUCCUCCUGGCUGCGGGAUCACAACAUGGAUGCAGAUAUUCACUCGUACGCUCGAGGCAGACUGCUUCAACGCGAUGAGUACUUCUUCCGCCUCUGGGCACAAAUUCCCAAAAAGAAGAAGAGCUCCAAAUAGACAGACAGACAAAUAUAACUAAAAAAAACUACAACUAAAACAUAAACUUAGCAAGUGCCAAAAACGAAUGAAACUUAGGUUUAAUUUAAGCAUAUUUCAAUUGUAUUUAAUGAAUUCUUGAUUUUGUAGCUUUUUUGUACUACUUAUAUUGUAAACCCCAAUUGUACAGAUGAUGUAAUGUUUGAAAAUGCGUACAGAGUUAACGAUGUUUAUGAUAUUCCCCUACCAAAUUCAAAGAGUGCGAGCGAAGACAAACUUGAUGAUUUUUUGGAGGGGAAAGGUAAACGUGGUUGAUCUACUGUAACGUCCAUUACAUAAUCUAAUUGAAAGUAAUUUUGAUUUGCAUAAAUUCUUAUGAUUUAAUUCGCUUUAUUUUUGUAAGCUGUGAUAAAUUUAUCAAAUUCGAAAGCGUCAAACGAAUCAAAAAUGCCAUGAAUUCAGUGCGAGGACUCAAUGUGCAACGGGCAACGGUAUUCAGUGGACAACAGCAGCAACAACAACAACAAUUUGCAACAACAACAACAACAACUUGAACACAGCAACACAACAGAGCGGACUCAAUAUUCUCUAGGGAGACAAAACAACAAAUGGUGCAAUUUGAUAUGAGUUACGAUUAUGUUGUGCAUACUGUGUGUGUAUUGGUUGUGUGUGUGUGUAAGUGUGUGUUGCUGUUGUCACACUGAAUGCUUUUGCCUUUGCCGUGUGCUCCUCAGUGAGCUGCAUUUGUGGCAAAUAUAUAGAGAGGGUUACAUAACUAUAUUAUAUAAUAUAUGUAUAUUGUGCAACACCCACACACGUCUUUAAACUAAACCAAACUGAAUAAAGAAUAAACUUUAUAAUAAUA